AUGGCGCAAGCCGCCAAGCAGCUCCGCAAGACCAAGGACCUUGCGGAGGCCGCCGCCCAGGAGCAGAGGGAGAAGGAGGAGGAAAAGUUAAAAAAGAGGAAUCGAUCCAGAGACCGCAGGCGCAAGGUAUGGCUGGCAAUUGCAAGAGACAGGGGAGGUGACGAUGAUUCUCACAUCCAUCUUUCCACCCUGUACAAACCUUUCUCCAUCCUGCUGGCAGUCUCUCUCUCUCUGUUGCUGCAUCUUUGUGCAAGUCUGGUGGGGAUGCAAUUACACAUGUAUAAUUACACAGUUGGUCCUGCGGCCUCAGCUGGUGUGUGUGCUGUGCAUGUGUUUGUGUAGGCUAACCAGUCAAGCACAUAUGCUCUGGUACAGGUUGUGUUCCCUCCGUCAGUCAUACACAUAUAAGGGAAGGAGGCUGAUCUUGAUUGGUAUGCUGUUAGAGGUGUGACCAACAUAUGCUGGUGAUUAAAUAAUAGGCAAUGUCCUGUUUUUUCCUCACAGAUUUGAGCCUUACAUGGGUGCAGCUCAUUCAUAUUAAUGUCCGGAGUGUGAUGCACCGCGAGAAAUUUUGUGCAUGUAACCACGUCUCCAUUGACAUGCUCUGCAUGCUCUGCUCUUCUGCAGAAAGCUGUGUUGGUGUCAGACUUUGUGUCUUCCCCCAUAUUACAGGUUUUUUCACUGGGGGAGAUUUAAAAUGGAGGGGGAAGAUGGAGGAACACUCAAACAGCACAUGCAAUGUUCACCCAUCUGUAUGUGUGUUUCUGGUUUGCGUAGGCUGCAUGUCUUGUUCGACUAAAAAUCUGUUUAUUAGAUUAGUGAUGUUAUUUGUUUAAUACAUUAUCAUUUGAAUGUGUUGUCAGGAAGUAGGCUUGCAGGAGAUCAUUGUGUAGGCAUGAGAGCUUUCAUUCACCCCUUCGUCUCACUUCUCCACUGCACUCUCCCUCUCUGACUGUUGCCUCUAGGUGCAGAUUAUAUUGGGGUUGUGCCGCCGUGCACUCAUGCCCGGUAGCACCAACAUGAUUUAUGAACAACGUAUCGCACUGUGAAGCGUACUGGUUAAACGUGUGAAGGAAAACUGAUCAGUCUUAUUCCUCCGUUUACUCGACAACUAUAUGCCACGCAGAGUGGGCUCAUUGUUCAAAUGCCAGCUCUAUUUCUGCAAUAUGUCUGCAUGCACAUAUUAAUGUGCCGUUGGUGGCAACAGGGAGCAUGGAUGGGUGUCUUCGUAGUCACUUUGAGAGAUGUGUGUACAUGAGUGUUGAUGUGAAAUACAGUCAGCGAGUGAGUGUUUGUUAGAACGACAGAAGCACAAAGGAAGAAUCGAGUCCCAAACCGAAUCUGCAGAGAAAGCUGUGAGGUUGUUGAGCGUAAUCUGUAGCCUUAAAUAUAUCAAUAUUUAGGUUCUGACUGCAAAGCAGAGAUUUGCUCGGCUUUUCUUGGACAAUUCGGUAGACAUUUAGCCAUAUGUUUAUGUUGAGCUUAUUCUUUUUCUUUCAGUUAAAGAACCAGGAUCAUGUGGUGGUGGAAAUGAUGUGGAACAGUGUAAUAUUGUUUUCCUACUGUAGCCCAAAAUCACUUUUGUAAUUCUACAGCCAUUAAAAACUUUUGAUUUUUUUCAUCCUUUAUGUUGAAAAAUCAGUGUUUUAAUAAAUUUUCUCCAUAUAUAGAACUAUGUAGAACCUCAUGAUAUAAACAGAACCUUGUUGUUUCAUGAUCGAGACAUAUGUUAAACGCAAAAUAAUUCACCUAGAAUAGAAGGAUAUUUAUCCAUAAAAAAAUCAAAACAUCCAAAGAUUAAAAAUAACAUGGUGUGAAUCAAAACGAUUUGAGGGAUACAUCCAACUCAGCAGCGACUCUGUCACUGUCUAACAAGAGUCUGGUCCUUCCCAAGGUUUCUGCCUGUUGAAAGGAAGCCAUUGUCACUCAUGUUAGACGUGACGGGUCAAAUCUGUCCCAUCUUAAAGUUGGGUCUUGGUAAUUCAUCGAACAAUGAGCUUGGUCUAGACCUGUCUUUUUUGGAAGGUGUCUUGGGAUAACGACUGUUACUUUAAAUAAAACUUUAAAGUUUUAUUUUCACCAGCCCCUCCACCUCCCCAUAUUGACUCAUAAGGUGCAGUUCAUACAGGGGAGGAGCUAGCGCAUAGAGAACCUCCUUCCCUAUGCUUGGAUUUGUAUGCAGUAAAGGCAAGGAAAUGCACACAUUAUGUUAAGCAGAGGCAGGCUCAACUUCGUAGUUGAAAUGAUUAACUGUAAUUUUCCUUUCUAAAAAACAAAAGCACUUGUGGAUGUCCUCCAUAAUAAAGCUGCUUCAGUUUAUUUAUUGAUAUUUUUGGCACAUGGAGAGCUGGAUGUUCAUUUGGAUCGUGUAUUUUUGCAAAUUGAAUGUCUGGUGAUGCCUUGUUGAAUGGGUUUGUGGAUUUGUAGGAUUUCCACAGUGUUUGACCUCCAUCUUGCACAUUUUGCAUAUUGGCUUUGCUUGUGUCCAGCUCUUCUCUGUCUGUCUGUGAGUUUUCUGAUUUGAGCUCUGUUGGUGCCUUUGGUGGAGCAGCUCGGCAUGCUGCCGUGUUUGUUUGGGGUACCACCAACCUCACAUGGAGUUAUUUCUCACUGCACGGCCAAAGACUUGAAGUGAGUCAAUGUGCUACCCACCAGAAAGGGAUUGUUCCAAAAGAUUGAUCUCUUAAUGAAUCAAUGUCUUAUCAUGGUAUAAACAUUUAUUUGAAUCAGAGAGGUGACUGUUCAGAGCACAUGUUAAUGCUUUAGAGAUGCCCUUGUUUCUAAUCCUGUGUUUUAGAAUUAAGCAGAGACUGUAAAUAGAACGGACACCGUCUGCCUCCUCACUGGGUGAAGCCACUGCGAGAACAGCACCCUCUGGUGACAGGUUGCAGUAUAGGUCUUAAAUUCCGCCCCCUCCAUCAAUCCCUAUGGAGCUGUGGACAAACUUUAGAAAUUAAUUACACAGAAUAUACAUUUUUCUCCCCCCUGCUUGCAAUGUUGACAUGUAGUUACUGUCAGACUGGUUUGUGCUCAAGUCCUCUUUUUUCAGUGCAGCUCCGUUUUUAAAAGUUAUUAGGGGGUUCAUGUUUUCUAUGAUUGACACUUCAUUUGAUUUAUCCUUGAAAAUCAAACAAGCUGGUGGGUUUAAGAUUUCAUUGGUAUCCCAUUGAUACUGCUCUCACCAGUUAAAACUGUCUCUUAAUGGAGUGGCUUGUAAAGCCUUGGCCUAUAAUUUAGCAUUGCCGUGGUGAUGAAGGACAAUAAAUGUAGAGUAUCCCUGUUACUCUGCUGUCACCUGCUGUACUGCAUUGUUUAAGGAGCAUUCAUGUUGCCAUAAGGAAGCACCCAAACGUGGUUAAUCCUUGCAUGAGUGACUUUAUUCCCACUAACCAAUCUUCAGCGAUAUUUUUUACAACACAUCCCCCCUCUCUCUCCUCUCUCUCUCUCUCUGCCUUACUCUCUCUGUUGCCCUCUGUGCAUCUGACUCCAGCCUCUACCUCCAGUAGAUUGUUUCCAUGCACUAAAAAGGAACGAUGAAGCGAGUCAAAGAGACAGAGAGUGAGAGACGAGGCACAGGCAGGUCUUAAUGUUCCCAGAUGUUAAUUAGCUCCAUUCGAUGUAAAUCAAACUCGGCAGCAUGGCAUCUCCCCCCUCUACUUCUCCUCUUGCACAAAGGUCACUCACUACAGUGCCAACAGAGAUCCUAUCAUAACUCUGAAUGGAUUGGACAGUAAUUUAGUUAAAGAUUUACUAAGACAGUGCAGGGGCAUUCUGCCAUCUGCGCUGCCUUUCAUGCUUUUUUAACAGCUGCAGAGUCAAAAGUUUGAAACAGAUCUAUUACCACUCCUCAGGUCUCUGUGCAAGAUUUUGAAAAAUCACUCAAAGUGCAAGAGGAUCUGGGCCAUGCCUUUAUAUGGCAGCUGUGCAUCAGAUAAGUGCAACCCAUAUUGUCAUUUCCAGUUAGGCAGUGGCCACCUAUGGUGAUGGAUGCUGGUCAGGAGUGUUUGUUGGCUGAAAGAAGCAUAAGGCUUUCAACCAGAAGAGCAAGGUGAAGAGUCUUGUGUGAUCAAGAGUCAUCAUGUAGGUCUUGUAAGGGUUGUUAUGUGUAUAUGCAAGAGUUGCCACUUAUGUCGCCAGUUUUCAUAACACAGUAUUAGCUGCAGACAGUAUCAAAAAUCAUGCAUCAUUUACACUUGCCCACAAAACCCUCAAUCUUUGUGCAGUUUUCUCCCGUGUGUCUCCACUUGUGAAUAAAAUUAGCUGUCAGUAUUUCUACUCUCUGCUGAGUAGAGUUCUGCUGUCCAGACAGCACUUAAUUUAGUUGAUAUAUAUGAUGAGAUGAUUGAAGAGGGAACACUCCUGACCAUUUUGGUGUUGGUUCAUGACAUAUGACGAGAAUUCCUCUGUUCAUGUACAGCCAGCCUUCUGGGAAGAGCACAAGAUUGUGCGUAAUAGCACAGCCUGUUUGAAGACAGUGUGAAAGUCAUAUAUAUAUAAAGACUAAAUAUAAUAUUGUGUCUAUCAAUGUUUAUAAAAAGCAGAGUGUAAAAAUUUUGCUCUAAAUGUGCUUUGCUUUUGGUGCCAGUAUUAGAAUUGUUGUCUGCCAUUAGGCUCAUUUGCAUAGAAAGGGGCCUUUUCUGCCUUAAUGAAUGCAUAAUGGCUCAUUUGCAAACAACCCUGGCUCACAGUGAUGCAGUGUGCUUCAGCAGCACUAAAUUUUGUGGUAUACUUGACCGUUUGUGUACGCUUUGUGAAUUCAACAUUGCUCUUUUGGCUCAUCUGGCUCAGGUUAGUCAGACACAAAAGUCAGGCAGAAAAUGUAUUAGGAUGAAUUACCUGCCAUGAUGGCUGUACAAUUUUGGAGAAAUAGGUUUAUACUAUAGAAUGAUUAAAAUCGACCAGUGUGACUCUCAAUGAAAACGAUGAAUGUUCCUUAUCAAAGAUCAACAUGUAGUUUAAAAUCCUACUGAAUGCAAUCCAAUGUGAAAUGUGAGAAACGAAUUAUGGAGGUCAAUUGAUGGUUACAGUGACAGAAUCUAUUCUUGACUCAUUGGCUGCAGUCCUGCCACUAUGAAUUACUAUCUGACCAUGCUGUGGUCAGUCUGUCUUGGAUCAUUGAUCACAGCUGCAUGUUUACUAGUCACCAGUCACAACAGACCCAUGAAGUAUGUUUGAUUUGUUAUUGAUUUAUGCUUCAAUGGGUUAAGGAUGUCCAGAUCAAGUGUUUUUUCUUCGCCUUGAUCCCGAUGCAAGUCCUUCAGUAUUGUUCAUGUAGUGAUGCAGAGCGGGUUCCCAUUACUAGUUUCUAGUAUUGAUCCAAAUAUGAAUGAGGGUGGAGUAAGAGAGGUAGUCUGUCAUUACACUUUUUAUCCUCUCUACUUUUUGGUCCAAAUACUGAAGCUCUUGUUGAAGCCUUUCACAAUAACCAACAGGUUAUCUUUACAUGUAGUUUAACAACAAAUCUUUGAAAGAGUAUGACUUCUAUAAGAGAUAUGGCAUGGGAAUUUACAUCUUGUUGAGGUUGUUAGGGCCACAAGAAUGUAAGAUCAGUGGACAGCAAUCCUUCGUCCCUCAUGAUAAACCAUGGAUGUGAAAAUACUGAUACUGACUUCUCUACUCGGUGUACCACAUCACUUCUAGCCGCUGAUUUCUCAAUUCUACAGAUUUAAAUUCAAGUGUUUACAACGACACAAGUUAGACAUUUUGAUUGAUAGCAGUCAGAUGAGUCAAGGUGCAUAGUAGCCUUCAUCAGUUGAUCAUUUUAGGUGUAAAAUUGCAGGAUAGCAGCAAAAGUACAUGGCUAAGAUAAAAUACAAAUUUGUUCAACAUAAACUGAAAAUGAAACGGUGUGAAUGGGGAAUACAUGGAGAAACUCGUCCAUUUUUUAAUUUCACUGCUGUUUUUUUUAGGUUCAUGUCUACCUCUCUAUAACUAAUGGGAUAGACUGAUCUGGGACAUAAAACCUUUUAUUGUAGCAACUCAGCAAGAGGUUCCCCCAGCCUUUACAUUUCCCAGUUACCCUCAGGCCUGCACUUAUUACCAUGGAACCAAAGAUCUGCUAAUGGAUAGUGUGUACUCUUCAUCCACGUGUGUGUGCGCUUAGCUUACUCUUGUUUUCACCGGGGCGGUCGGUGUGCAUGCAUGCACUUAUGGUUUGUGUGUGAGUGAAAUAGCAGGACUGCAGGGGAUCUCAUUCAGCUUUUAUGUAACUUAUGGAUACCCAACCCUAAUUAUCCAAAACUUUACUUGGGCCCCUGUGCCUUCUCUUUUUCCUCUCCGCUUUAAUCCUCACACAAAAAAACACACAGGACAAUGACUGAAUUAUGCCUUAGGUUGCUCAUUAAAAAAAGUUAUCUACAGAUAAAAAGUAAUUCCAAAUAUUUUUAGACAAGGGAGAAAUUCAGAUUUGCUUGGCUGUUUCUCGGUCUAAAGCUAAAGACAGAUAGGAAAAAAAAGGUAAUAAGUCAACAAAAUUAGACUAAAUACUACAAUAAAUAUAUGAUAUAUAUACAAUGUGCAAUAUACAGUAGACAUUCUGUGGUCAAGUAGACAUUCAGUGGAUUGUUUGAUUGUUGAAUAGUGCAAUGUAGUAUGGUGGGAGGAUAAAACAAUGCCUCCUCCUUAGUGCAUAUCCGUAUAGCGAGGGGUGAAAUGUAGAAUAAAUGUGCCCUCUCAUAGAGUCCAAGGGGCGGAUGUGUUUGUCAUGUCCACUUUAUUUGUGUUUUGUCUUUCCUCAUGAUCAGCACAUGUGUAACAGAGGACAAAAUGCAGUAGGUCUGAAGGACAUCUAGGACACAUAGUAGAUUUACUGUCUGCUAUCUUGAACAAGGGCGGUCAGCACUCAUAUAAGCACAUUAGCAUUCAUUAAAAACAUCUACUCUGCAGCAAAAUUACAAUGUCAUUUUUUUAACAUCUGAAGUUUUUACCUAUUUCUUCAUCAUCCGUUUCCAAGAAACAUGUUUCAGUCUUAAGCGUGCUCAAUCUCUGAUUUUGUGCAGACAGAUAUGUAGUGUUAUUGGGUUUCCACUUUCCUUCCUUUGUUCAAAUGCAGUCCCAUUUACAGAGGCUUUUGUAUUUGUCAUAGCAGUCACUGGUUUGACUCCUGGCCAUGAGUGUGUGCCUCAUCUACCCCCACUCUCAUCUCUAAACAGUUUCCUUCUUCUCUCCAGCAGUCAAAAAAAGAAGAAAAUUCCCAAAGCCAUAAAGUUUCACUAGUUUCCUGUAAAGAUCUAUGAAAACAAACAAGUUUAGGCUUUUCUGGAUGUGGUGAAGCAUUCCUGUCAGAUCAUGUGUCAAACAUAUUAUGGUAUGCAUGUUUCUGUGUAAAGCAGCAGUAAUAGGUAUCACAGUAAUGCAGACGGGUGCCUCUACAUCCCCUUUGAGGAUAGGGAGGGCAGGCUGAGCCAAGGUCAAGCAAAGCAAAGUAGCACUCAGCCCAGCCUGAAGCAGCCACAGGCUAUAUUUACCUGCCAGCCUAGGAUUACAGUGCUUCCGAGACCAGAUCUAGCCUUCUGUCUACACACCACUACUGUGUGCUGGCUGAGCACCUGAUACAUGGAUCUGAUGUUGCCCCUGAUCCAUACCUGCUCGAACAGCACAAGAUGAUUCCAGAAGUGAAGAGUCAGUCUCUAAAUGCUAUCAUAUUUUGAUUAAGGGAUUUUGCUUUAUCAGAUACCUUUGAUGAAUAUCAGUAGUCAUUUCUCUCGGUUAAUGAAGACUUUGAGAACUUGGAGUAAAGGAAUGGUCCAAUUGCUUUAACAAGGUUUCCAGGUACCAGCUGUCAGCCAAACCGUCAACCAGUCACUAUUUUUCUGUAGACGAGUUCAAUAAAAUAUAUUGAUGAUAUAUUGACAAGUUGCAACCCUCUCCCCCCUGAUGAUUUGAGUAGCACUUGCAUCUGUAUCGUACCAAAAGUGGGUAUGAGAAAGAUGCCUGUUUGUGUGUGUUAGCCCCGCCCCUACACGCUCCUUAUGAAUGAAUUUCUCAUCGGGGAUCAAUAAAGUUCUUGUAUUGAAUAAUGCGUGAGUGCGGGGAGGUGCUCGGUGCAGAAUGAAACUUCUAUUUUUGAUGGAUAUUAGCAAAAUUGUUGAGGACAAGAAUGAAAAUUGCAUUUUACUGCACAGAGAGAGGUGAUUUUCAUUUCAGGUUGUUUCUGAAACAGUGGCUAAGAACCGGUGACAGCAUGAUAACGUCUGCACAGAAAACACAAAAAAGUUUUUCCACUAGGACACGCUCAGGUGUUUAUAGAUGAACAACUCAGUGACUUCCCUUUAUAAAUCACACAAAUCUCAAAUCGUCUGCUCAGAUCCAUUUGAGACUGUUAAUGAGAGGAUUGCUUUAGUAUUUUGAAACAUAAAUAAAACAGCGGAGUUAAUAUGAUUGAUUAAUUGGUUACCAGGGAUCAAAUCUUACAAUGAUGAGAAGCUGAUGCAGGAAUUAUACAACUCUCAAUUAAGUGCUUUGUGCUUCCAUAAAAAAAAAAAUGCUGCAUCAAAAUUCAGCAGAAUGUUUGAAACUAAGUGUAAGACUCAUAUUUCCACAUGUAAGGGCCUGACUAGACAUCCUCUCAUUAGUGGUUACUGUUAUUGCUUAAUUUUUGCCAGCCCACCACAACUUUAAAGGCCACCUGUACUGUGACAGGCUACAAAAUUUGCUAAAUGUUUAAAAUUUGGAAACUAAAAAUAUCUAACGAUAAUCCUUCUUCAAAUCCCUUCUGAAAACCCACCUUUUUAAAAUUGCCCUUAACAUGUGACUAUUUUACUUAUUUAUAUUUAUUUAUUUUAUUUUACUGCUAUAUUCAAAUUGUGUGCUUUAUGUAAAGUGUCUUUGAGUAUCAUGAAAAGCGCUAUACAAAUAAAAUGAAUUAAUAUUAUUAUUAUUAUUAUCUAAAAUCAGUGUGUAGGGGCCAAAAUAUGUUUGUUGAGAGUGUGAUUUCUGUAGGUAAGUCACUUCCAGGGAUCAUCACUGAGGGGUGUGGUUUUGGGAUGUUUGGUGGGUUAUUUAAAUCUCACCGCUGUAGUCAGACAAUGGGUUGCUCUGAUAAUUUUUUGUUGACCGUUUCACCGUUUCACUCAUCCUGUUUUAACCUCAUUUUCAUCAGAUCACUUUUUCAUUUGAAGGCAAAAGUUUUGAACCUGGAUCAACGUGUUUUUCAAGUCACAGAUGCAAGUGAACCUAAACCCCAGCAGCCUUUUUUGUUGAAGGAAAUCAGUCGCUACACAGUGUCUAUGCUAGGAUAGUGGAAUUUAAUGUUAAGCCAACAGAUUUGGACUUCUACCUUUUUCUCUUCUGGUUGACUACUCCAUGUGUUGGUGAGAAGUCCUUUUUUGAAAGUGUAGAACUGUACCUCAAACAUUUGCAUCACAUGUAGUUUGAAGAAUUGGGGGUCUUGCUUGUCUCUGGUUGGUGAAAGGAGAGAGUUGUCGAGAUCCUCAGAAGUCACAGCUCAUCUGCCGGCCCGUUCCUGUUAAUCAGUCGAUCCAUCAUCAUUGUUAGCAAGGCCAACGAGUCUUUGGCAUGCAGAGGGAGGGGCGGCAGCUGUAAAUCUUUCAGCAUAGUUUAUUGGGACCCUGGGGUCAGUCUGAAUUGACUAAUGUUGCCAUGGUGAUUACUGUGUGACACCUGACAUGGUGGAAUGAUGAAAGAUGAAGAGAUGGGCAAAGGCAUGCCGUGGUUGGAGAUGACGAGACGUCUGACUGGUUGCCCAGAUUACGAGUUCCAUGAAAUGCUGCGUGAGAAAAAGCUUUUUGUUUUAGCUGCGCUCUCAAACUCCUCUGCAGUCCCAGAUUUAUGUGGAUGCUGACUUUCAUUUCAGCUCCUAGUGCCUCUGAUGAGACUACAUCAAUAAGAAACUCAUGAGUCAGACAGCAGUCGUGUUCCAGAUUUUUCCAAGAUUUAUUUUACAUCCCAAGCAGCUCAGACUUUGAUAUCAAAAGGGGAAUCUAAAAUAUACAUUUACAUAAUUGACCUACAUGCAGUUUAUACCUUAAUAAUGGUGCUGCCUCAUCACAUGACAUCAGCAAAAUCCGUAUGUGAGGGCUGUUAAUGCCUGAGAAUCAUUAGAGGAAGACAAAAAGUAACACAGACUGGCACAAUGCCACUCACACUGAUACCCACAGAGAGCACACACACACACACACACACACACACACACACACACACACACACACACACACACACACACACACACUUACAGCUGGAGAUGGGCAUUAUGUAAUAGAAUUAGUGAUCCUCAAGGUCUACAUGGAUCAUGUGGCCUGCAGGAGCCUUCUAAUGCACUGAAGCAGCCGCUCUCAGGCACACCCUGACUCCAUCACUCCUCUCUACUGCAUGGCCCAAACACAUCUCAAACCCUGUGGAAGGGCUGUUAGACAAAAUGCAUGGUCAAAAAUAAUAGUUUCAUAUAGAAGUGAAGAUGUAAAAUCAUUUUUUUAAUCUGUGAGAUUUCUCCUGGUAUUGUACGUCACUACCCUUAUCACCUGAAAAUACCUAAAAUGAUAGCAUAUGCCUAGUUUGAUGUUUUGGUCUCAUGAUAUCAUAUUGUUUGGUGUCUUGUUUCUUCUUUAUGAUGGUAAAAUCCACCAAUUUUUGUGGAUGGCUUUUGGACAGAAUGAAACAAAAGGCGAGGAAUUAGAGAGACAAGUCCUUUUUCUAACAGGUUCUGCCACCGUUUACAUACAUAUGGGCAUGUGGUGUAAUUGUGUAUGUGUGUGCAUUCGAGCAUGCCACCAUCAUGAAAUAGGGUGUCAUGUGUCACUUGGAUUGUUGCCCGAUGGCAGAUGGAAUGGCUCUCCUCACUUCAGGCCCAUAACUCAGUAACCAAUCUAUGCCGUUGGACUCUGUGAGUGUGCACGCUCAUAUACAAACACUACUCAAACACACAUACUUGAGAUGAAAUGAUUGGGUUUGAGAGAAAAAAUUGUACUUAAAACAGUUUUGGUUUUCAGGUUAAGGAGCCCCUAAAAAAGGACAUCAACAGUUUACACCCCUGCCAAGACCAUUGGCUGAUAUAUUUUUGCUCCUUCUGAUCUGAUCUGAUAUAAAGCAUGCAUCAGCACACAUUGAUGCGGUUUGGUGAGAAACAGAGGCAAUUGCUCCUCAGCAGUGGCCUGUAAAUCCUUGUAUAACCUCUGCUAUGUACCCCUUACACUGCAUCCCCUCACCCUUGUGGAUAUGAUCUUGUAAACAUGUGAGCAUACCACUGAAGUUUACUGUAUAAUUGCUCACAGGGUUAAAAACUGCAACCAUGUUGGCCGCAUGUGCUACCAAAAUUUUAUCUGCAAGACCGCAAAUCAUAUUUGGGCGCACCUCAUGCCUCUUAUUAUCGAUCAACCACCAUCUGUUCAGUCCAUUGCUUACAUAACCAAUAGCCCAUCAGAUUGACGUUCUUUACUUUAAGUGCUGAUUGUAGAUUGGUUAAAAUUGACCUUUGAUCACUCUGUAACAGAGACCUAUCUCAAAUGAAAUUAGAUUGUUAAAUUGUUAGCCACUUGCUGAUGUGUUUUGUUAACGGUUUUGGUACAUGAGAGGCCAACCAGAAGAUGACAAAGUAGUAACACGCUGAAAAGGGGCAUGUGGUCGCCUACCUGCUUUAGUCCAAAAUGUAAGCUGCAUCCAGUGUGUUGAUGCAACCAGCUCAUCAGUGUAAAAUACUGAAGGGUUUUCAAAGAUGUCUUCACUGUAUCUUGCAUGGUAGUAAACUAGCACCCACUGCAAACAAUUCUAGGCGUUUGAAAAUACACGCCAUUUAAUGUUGCAAGCAGAUGCUUUACUGCAUACAGCACGUUGAAAUAGUGGUGUGGACCAGGCAGGCAGCGCUUUUUCACAGCCUUUCUCCCUCAUUUGCUCAUUACCAUAGAUUUAAAGAAUGGUAGAUGGUGGAAACUUGGAGUAAACAAUUCUUGCCUGGUGCUGGUUUGAUUGAGCCGUCUUCUCAGUUGCAGACUCCAAGUGAACAAGAGGUGGGUGGUGUGAAUCUAGGCGAAUGAUUUGUAGCUAGCAUGACUGCAAACUCCUCAUAGUGAAAACAGAUGGACAGAAAGAGCUUUAUCUGCACGGAAGUGCACAUCGUGAAGCCAUCUCAACACAAUAGGAAUUGUCACAGAGGCAGAGAGUAGAAACCUUUUUCCCUUCUGAGAGACCCCCUAACACGAAUGGUGUCAUAAUAUAGAUAUUCCACAUUUUAUGGCAUGUAGACAAUUAAAAGAAACCAAUCAGCCAUGCUGUCAGUUUGUAGAUACUAUUCUCAUGUGCUGUCUACUGUACAUAUGCAUUGAAAUGGAAAAUCCACAGUGAACCUGUAUAAAUACUUUAUGACUAAUUCAAUUUUAAACUCAAAGAGAGGGAGAGUAAAGCAGCUGUAUUUUUUUGCACCAUGCCCUUAGCUCUUUUCUCUACCAGCUAUCUUUCUUUGUCUUUGUCAUUUGCUCUAAGUAUGUCUCAGCUUUCUCCCAUCCUCUCUAUUGUCUCUUUUUCCUACUCCCACUUCUUACUUUUUUUUGUCUCCUCUUCUGUGCUGCUUCAUUAGCUGUUUCCUUGUCUUCUAACUGUAACCUUCUUACUUUCACUAUGUUGUUUCUGGUUUUGAAGGGCAGAAUCAGGAAAGUAAUGAAGUUAGGCAGGAUGACUGAAUGUAAAAACACAUAUACCAAAUGCCACUACAUAAAAAGCUAAGAGUAUAGAUGGGGAUUUAGUUGACAAACUUAAUGAUGAUUGUCAUUGAAAUACAACCAUAACUGGCUAUGAUAAAUACUCUCCCAGGAUAAAAAAUCUAUUUGAUUAGAUUUUGGAUUCAUAAACGUAAAGACAGCACUGGGUGUGGAUGCGUGGCAGGGGGAGGUGACGAUAGAAUCGGCGGGCAGAGCGCAGCUGGUCUAAUGGUAUUUUUGAAAAUUGUAAUCCGCCUCGCUGGUGGCAGAUUUAAAGGUGAGGAGAGGUGCUUUUGUGAUUGGUGAAAACAGGUCUCGGCUGUGUUAAAGCCACUACACGCCUUCUCUCCUCUCUAACUACGACUUAUGCUGCUGGGAGGAACUAAGGGAGAGGAGAUACUUACGCCGGGCUAUGCCACUCACCAAAAUACCAAAAUGUGCUUGGGCACGCCUUUUCGGUGCGGUGGACCUGACUUACGCCACACCUAUGCCAUGCUGCCGACGAGGCACGAAAAUUGAGCACUUGAAGUUUCCUUCAGUGGUCUGUAUGUGCUCACAACAUAAAUGAGCGCCUGAUUGACAGAGAAAACUUCAAAUCUGUCUACCUCAACAGAUCUUCUGUGGGGUAUCGACAAUGGCGUAUGCAUGUUUACAUUUUACAGUCAUGUGACACAAACAGACUUUGCAUAUCCUGUGAUGUGACUGUUGCAAUGGUCAAACCGAUUGUCAUUUAGCCCAAAUCGUACAAGAAAAUUGAAGCAGUUACAUUUCUCUUCUUACAUUUCCAAUUAGAAAAAAAAUGAAUGAGGAAAAAGUUUUAAAACAACAAGUAGCAUAAACUGAACGUAUUCUUAAUCCCACCACAGUCUGCAUGCUGAGUGAAAGUCAUCAUAGUGUAAUCCACAGUGUGUAUGUGUAUGUGUGCAGCAGUGUCCACUGUUCAACAGAAAAUCCUAUUAAGAGUCAUUAAAUGUUGGCUUACAGGACUGAAGGCCUGAGCUAGCACUGUUGGCUCAGCUGAUGAGGGCUGUGAGAAUUAGCUCAAAGGUCUAAAACAAUUCCAGGGAGUGGACCUUUCACCAUCUCAGAGGUUUAUAAUUGCCCUUUAACCUCACACAUACAUUCAUAAAGAUGUUGUUGCUCAACAGUUGCACAAACCCAAAAGCCCUGGGUAAAGAUGGCCCAUACACAUUUUGUUGUCCUUCUCCCAAAGCCUGUCAAAUGUCUGUAUACCCAGGAUUCAAAGCGCUUAUAAGGCCUCCUCUCUGGAAUCCCCAACCUGCUGCUUUCAGCAUAACUGACUCACCAUGCAUGUCAGCGCCACUGCCUUCAUCAUUGCAGUACUGCACUUGCAAUACCAGAGUCAGCUGUUAACUUAUGUGCCAACCCAGCUAAUGCUCACACAGAGAACAUCUGUAAAAUCUAAAUCCUGUGAUUUAAACGGAGGGUAUACUUCCCUUAUUCGAUCACAAAAGGUCUUAAAUUAAUGCUCUGCAGUCAAAGCAGCCACAUUUUGACAGAAUUGGAGCGUAAUGAGGUGAAAAUAAUCAGGCUUCUUUUUACCAAAGCCUGUGUGUGUGACAGUGCUUUUCUGCUCUGCUCUUACUGACUGGCGAGUGCUUGUUUCUUGAUAACACACCAUGCCAAAUGUUAAUUAACUGCUUGGUGUGCAGAUCCAGCCUCGCUAACUGACAUGGAGAUUGUUGUCACUAAAAUAGCAGAUGCACACUGUAUGCCUUUUCCCCGUCUUCUGUCCCUCCUUCUCAACAGCUCCAUCAUUCUGCCCUUUGUUCUCUUGUAGCUCUUCUCUGAUGCCAGAGUGGUAUUGAUUGCAGCCUAUUGAUCCCCCGCUGACCGUGGCAUUCGACUAACUAAAAAGGGAAUUAGGUUUAACACGUUCAGGGAUUCCCCAACUCUGGAAAAUCAGAGUCUUUUCGUUUAUUUCACUAUUUUUAAGCUCAUUUUUACUCCAGUAUUUUAAUAACUAACCAUGAAGAAAGACAAACAUUAGAGUGUCUUGUGUAUUAUGAUAAUUUAAGCAAACAUCAGGUAGUACUCACCCGUAGGGCUUCCAUCCAUUAGCAGUCUAAACAGAGUUAGAGGCUAAGUACAACAAAUAAAUGCGAACACCGUGUUUUGCCAAAGCAGCUUGUGAGUCAUAAAUGAAGAUUUUCUGGCUUUUGGAUGAUAUUGAGCUAGCCGGAAAAAACAGGAACAGAUGGAAAUGCAAUACUGCUCUGGAGGCAUAGAAUGUCGAAUGGCAUCAUGAUUUCCAUCCUGCAGGCACCCCGUACUUUUGUGAAAACAGUUGCUCCAACAUGGACUGACUUAAUUGGCUCUCAUUUAGUUUGUUUACAUCCUUUUAGCUUCUGUUUAAAAGUCACGAGAGGACGAGAAAGAAUUUAUGCUCGACUACAGUCUGAACAUCAUCAUCAGUGGGCCUUCAUGUAUCAGCCACGGUCACUGUGUGACCCACAGUGACCCAAAAACAACCAGUAAAAAUACGUUAUAGAACAUUUCGAUUAUCCUUUCCAAGUAAAGUUUGUGACAGUCCUCAUUCCUAAAUGUCAGAGCAGGUCAACUGUGACUCCAAAAAAACACAAAGUGACCUUUAGAGAAUCAAGUCAAAGACAACACAGUUAGUGCACAGGACGUUACGUGGGUUACAUACAAACCCAAUAAGACUUUUGGUUUAGCUGCACCACAGACAUAAAGACAGGUUUUCUAAGCAUGUUUCAUUCAGGCUUUACCUCACAAGGCAGUUAAAGAUUGAUCCAUUUAUAGGUUGAUUCAAUCAUUGAGGUAAAUAAUGAAUUUCAGUACCUUUUUUAAACAGCAGAGGGCACAAAUUGUACAGCCAUGGUAGCAACUGGUUAUGAUUUUGCAGUUGAGGAUGCGGUGCGACUGUUCUUUUGAAGCCUGUCAAGUACACAAGCUAAUGCCCCUUAUUUCAUCAACAUAAGAUAGCCAGCCACUUUCAACCAACCAGGGUCUCGCUCAUAAAAAAUCAAUAUGGCAAGAUAUUGUCAUGCUCUCCUUGAAAAUGUGUGCAUCACUUUGCAUGUUACAGAAUGGAUAUGGCAGCAGAUGGAGGUUUUGAGAAACACGUAGCUUAUUGUACAAUGUGACAUGAGGCUACACGGCACAAAGGCGAAGGAGGGUGUAGGGCAGCGCUGUCUCCGCCUACAACUCAGAGGCGAAUUGCUAAUGAGGUACUGGAGCUCUGCAGAAGAAAAGCCCUUAAUAAUGACAAAGGUAACGUGAGUUUGGCUAAAAACUUUAUAAUCAUGAUUUAAAGACCACUGAGAACAAUUUAGGUCGUUAAAAAAAAUGGAUCAGAGUGUGGGUCUUAAAGACUUGCGUGCUUACAUCAUUGUUUAUAAAGAAGUCUUCAAGCAGCUGAUAAAUAAGUGUAAACAGUGCUACACAAUCCUUGCCCAUCAGUUUACUGAGUAUGUACCUACACACAGAAACUAACACUGGUUUCUUGAUUGUUUCCAAAGCCACACCAUGUCGAUGGCGUCCUCUUUUCUGUCCCGUCUGAAAACCUCUCAUGGUCACUUGAGGUCAAAACCUCACUUUAAAUGUAAUCAGAGGCUUUCAAUUAAGUGUCCCUCAGCAGUGACCCUCACCCCCUCUGUGUGACCCUGAUUCUUCGAUCUCAGCCAUUCAUUAGUUAACAUAGAAAGGUCUCGAUUACCUGUUUGCAUGUCUUUGGUUCUCACAUUGUUGUAUUGUCUUAAACAGAAGUGCUGUAUUUUUAAUAAUCACAUGCACAAAACAACUUGAAUGUAAUGAAUGGAAGGCUCUGACUCAGCAGUUUUGAGGUAGAAAGACUGACUUACAAGGUGACAGGCUCUGAGCUGAUGGCUCUGCACCAGUGGUCCCAUGGGGCGAGCCAAGGUGAGAGGACAGAACACCCAGACACGCCAGCUCUUAAAUAUGUACAUAGAAUCCAUACUUAAACACCCUCCUAAUCCUAUAGCUUAGCAAACUGAGGCUUCCUCUCAUUCAUCAGAAUUCAAGACACCAAGUGCGUCGAGCCUUGCAGAAAGACUCCGAUGAUUGAUUACCUUACAGUUUGGAUCAACCUCUGGAAUUAAAGAAAAGCAACACUUGCUGCUUUGAAUGCAGCGUGCGACCUCAGUUUACUGAUCAGUAUGAGGCUAGUGCGCCUGAUUCUGCAGCUACGCUGUCAGUGAAGACCUCCUGUCAUGAAAGUGCUGAAAUCCUUCCUGAACCAGUCUAAAGUAGGUCAAGAAUGGGCAUCAUGAUACCACACAGUCACAAAGGUUUGGUUGUCUUUGCUUCGUCUCAUUGUACUCCAACUGAAGUCAUCGUAGCGCUGUAGAUAUUGCUGAUUUGUUUUGUAAAUAUUUAGUUUGAUUUUUUUUCAAGAGCCCAAUCAAGGUUUAACGGAUCAAUUUAAAAUACAAAAUGAUCCAUUAUUUAUACGGCAGUAUUUUCCCUCGUGUGUGUCUAACACCCCCUGGUUAUAUCAUGGUGUAGAUGCUUUUUUACUGUGACUUUAAAUAUUCAUCAGAGAGAGCAUGCUUAACACAGAGAUUGUCCUCAAUUCCAGGUCCUUAUUGGUUCCAACACGAAAAAAAGGUCGAUCCCUCAAAGGCAUUAUGAUGUUUGAUCUUACAGCAUGUUUAUAUUGAACCACUCUUUAAAAUUCAGGCAUUUCACACCAGGAUAGAAAUACAGUUUUGUUUAUCACCCAUUGAACUUGAUGUGUGGUUUUUUAGCAGGCCAGCACGCUGUUGUGUUGAAGCAUCACGUGUUUGAUACACAGCACAGACAGCAAGCAUCAGCAACCGGUGAAUGAUGAGGGUGACUGAUGGCGCUCCGAAUAGGGUGCAGCUUUCUGCAAACGCAGUGUGUCAGCUUGUCUAGCCUAUAUUUUUAGCUCUCCCUGGUGCAUUAGGUUUAUUAUAGCAUGAGCUUUAGAAAGAGCGGAGUGACUUCCCAUUGUGACAUCAUGUGGCAUGUCAGAGUCACCCUGCUAACCACCAAACAUCCCUGAUCAUCCCGUUUAGUUUUUGAAAACCUUGAUUCGAAUGAGGCAAAAAUACAAAAUACCUGCUACAGUAACAUGACAAACAACUCUGCAGGAAUUCUGUGCUAUUUUACCCUCUUGCUGACAUUUCUUGAGGAAUUUGCGAGCCCAGACAUUUUCAGUGGUUCAAUAUCUUGUAUUUGUCAGUUUUUAUGUCACUGUGAUCUUCCCAAAGUACAUUUAUAUCAGUAUAUUAAAGAGCCAGAUCACGAUUCACUUAGUGUUGCAGUUUCUCAUUUCUAUCUGUGUGUGUGAGACUCACUUCUCCAAUGUAGACCGUAUGGAAAACUGUUAUAUGCAGGCCGCUGGAGACAGGCCGCUCGCUGCUGCUUUAAAUUGACAGGCUAUGUGUUAACCCCUACUGGACCUUGCGAUUCAGGUCUGACCCUGGUAUUAGCUGGGAGUGUGUCCCACUGAUGAAUGGCUUUUCGCGGACUAAACUGCCCCUGAAGAACCUGCACAGACUGCUGAAUCAUAAGGAGGUGGCUCUAUCGACCGGCCUCAGGGAGUGGUCACCAUCCCGUGAAAUCCAUCAGACCAGCAAUGGCAAUUUGUGGCUGAGGAGGAUGCUAUUAUUCUCCUCUGUUGGCAUGUGAGGCUGAUUGGUCUUUUUGUGGUCCUGGAGAAAAUUCUCCCUCAUAUCACAUUUAUUAUACAUUGAUAAACCUUCUCUACAUUUCUUGCUAUAUUGGCCUGUGUAACCUUUAAAUAUCAGUUUACUGGGGAGAAUGAUAAGCAGAGAUGACACAAUGCCAUAUUGUUCAUGGCUUUUAUUCAUGUUUCCAGAAUAGUCUCUCAGGAGGAAGGGCGAGGCUGUGGCUCAGUCAUAUCAUAUUAGUUAGUGGAAUAUAAUAUGUGACAGAUUUAGCAUUGAAAAGCACAUUACAUUGAUUCACUGGUCUGUGUGAAGUUUGUACAUGAUGUACACAUGCAAGACAUAGUGUUCAACAUUUCAGAUAGCUAGCCCCAGAACUUGAAAUUAAAGAUAUAAUUCAACCUUUAAGGUGUAAAUACAUAGACUAUGGACAACAUGGUUAUGUGUUAUGCCAGUUUACGGAUUUCAAGCCAAAAAGCUCCCUUAUUCCGCGUUUUCCCUACGUUUCCUGAAACCAACAUUGCGCAGUAGCGUUGUGCGCAUUCAGCAGGAGAGUCGCCAAGAGUUGUGAUGACAGGGUGAGCUACGCAAUCUUCGUAGGCUCAUAGGCUGUAUCAGGUGUCAGUUGAUUCAACUCAUACACUUCAGCAUGAUGAUCUUGAGAUUCUAAAAUUCAAUAUUAGUGUUAGAGUUUCAGAGAAAGCUCAGCAGCUGCUACUCCUUGAAUUGUGGGCUGUGCAGAGAUGUGGUCGGUGAUCUGUAGUGCCCCCUCACAUGACAUCGACCUGGCAAAAUGCUAAUGGUGCUUUUUAUUGACCCCAAAAGUUGGAUCUAGGACCUGGAAAUGACAUCCACAUCGGAGUAUGGGUUAGAAAAUAUUUCACCUCCUUUUAACUCCCGUUGUUGUUUGCUGGCGUUGCUAGCUAAUACCAGGCAGUAACAACAUAAUACAUGCAUGAUCUUUUGCACAUAAGGGCAACAUGACAACAUGUCCUAAAAAUAGAACUUGUGCUAUUCUGAUUGAUUAAACUACACAAAACAGGACUACAAUACAAGAAAACAACACAACGAUAGAAAACAUGACUUUAUUGUUGAUUCAUGAAUCAGCUACCCAGGAUUACAGGAGUCUAGAGUUCUGACUGAAGGGGGAGUUUUGGACCUGAUGAGCAUCUUAAAACUUCUGUUUUUAGUGAUCACAUGCAACACACCAAUAGACCUACCAACAUGCUGAUCAUGUAGCACUGAUAUAUUUGUUAGUUCUCUGCUAUAGUAGCUACAGUUGAGAACCGUCUUCAUCAUUGGUGAAUUUCUUCUGUUUCUGCAGCUGACAGAGUAAACCGCUUUGUUUCUUCUUCUCUUGUGUUUGGUUUAUUAUCUCUGUUUAUUUAUUAUCUUUGACAGGGUUGGUCGUGUCAUUUUGUGUUACCGUAUUAGCUCUUCAGAUAUUGCAAAAAGCCCUAGAAAAACACAACAAGCAUGAGAUACAUACAGACUGUUUAGCAGAUGUUGUUUACCGCCUUCAUGUUGUAUUUCCUCCAGCUGGCACAGGCUUACCAACAUGCUGUUGAUACAUGACAUAGCAUGUGCACGUGGUUGCCUUGAACACACAGUAGCAUAGAACUGAAUUGAAAAGGUCAAUUUGACAGGUUGACCUGGUGAAUAGGCCCAUUGUCCCAGAUGCCUGAUCUUGGAUCAGUUAAUUCAUAUAAACAUGUAUCUGACAUUUUCCUUUAUGAAGAGCUCAUGGCUAAUGCAUGAAGAGCAGCGAAGGAGAGCUCCCACUGCCGUCCUGAAUGCUAUUUCUGUAUCAUUAUUUUUAGAGGCAGUAGCCGUAAUGCUCAUUGUUAGCUUACAGUAAGUGUAAGUACCUCUCCUGAGAUCUUGUCUUCUUGUUUAUCUUGCGUUUGUCCUCUGCAGUUUCUCCUCUUUCAUCCUUGAUCAGCUCCUGUGCAUCUCUCAUCCCUCUCUCAGCAUGUCACCCACUGGUAUGACUCUGCACCCACUGGGUGAUUAGUGACAACCCACUGUCAGAUACACAGACAUGCACCGUGAGGCCUGCUUACUGUUGGGCCUCUCAUUUUAUGUUUUCCCACGUUUCAUUCCUAUUAAUUCUAAUUAAUUAAUUGGGGCAGAAUUCUUACUCAUACUGAGUUCUUGUUUUGACUCCAAUCUGUCAGAAAAAUGCUAAACUUCCUGACAUGGGAUGCAAAUUAAAAACAGGCUAGUGAUAAUCAUGAAUACAGUGCUGGGAUGCAGACAUUUAGUGCUAGGAGUGGUUGCUGUGUUUACAUUAGGGAUAGACCAAUUAAUGAUUAUUGGCAUUUUCACAUUAUUAGCAACAUAUCGGCAUCGGCCCUCACAAGGCAGGCUGAUAACACAUUGCCCAUUAACGGCUUAUCAAAUCCAAAAUAGUCAUUGACGAGUAUGUUAAUUAGGGGUGUCCAGAAACAACUUUUUUACUUCUGAUACAAUACCGAUAUUGUACCCUUCAGUAUUGGCCGACACCGAUAUUGAUCCGAUAUUGGCACAAAAUUGUGCAUGACAAGUUUUGCACUCAGCUGCAAUGUCUUUUUCAGACUUCAACAAAAAAUACUGGCACAUGGCUGACAUCACUCCUACUCCUUGCUAAUUUGUAUGUACUUAGUACACACUGUUGUUGUGUUAAGUACACUGGUAUUAUUUUUUUUACUGAUAUCGGACCGAUACCUGAAACCAAUAUCAUAUUUGGAAAUCUCUAGUGUUAAUUAUGUAUUGUGAUAUAAUAUUUAGCAGGGGUGGGACAAAAAAUGGAUUCACAUAAGUAUCGCAAUUUUUUGUUUUACAAUUUUUAAAUCAGUUUUUGUGUUCAAAAAUCGAUUUUUCUUUUCAUAUGUAAGAAUGAAUCUUAAAAACAGACUUUAAUGGAAUGUGUAUUUUUUGGGGGGGAAUAUGGUUCCUGGAAUAGUCAAUAGACAAUUAUAAUCAUUCAACUGUUUUACUGGUGUUAAAAAUGCUGACUAAAAAAUUGAAAAAAUCGACAGUAUUAUAGAAUUGCAAUUUAAAUUGAAUCGGCAUCCAAAAAAUCAUAGUAGAAUCAAAUCAGGAGAAAAGCAUAUUGUCCCAGCCUUAAUAUUUAGUAUUGACUGCGAUGUCAGUCAUAUCAUUCCAUAGGACAACCCAAUAUCUGUCUUUCUAUUGAUUUAUUAAAAAUUCAUGCAAAAUAUAAUACAGGCUUGGACAGCCAUGUAUACAUACACACAUAUAUAUAUGUGUAUAUAUAUAUAUAUAUAUAUAUAUUAUUAGAUAUUUCCUUUAACUUGUUAGAAAAAUUGUUGUUUUAUGUCAAAAGGCAAAAAAAAAAAAAAAAAACGAACGAACGAACGAACAAAAAAUUUCAGCAUUAUGUAUCAGCACUGGCAGACCUGUUCUCUUAUAAUCAUCAUCAGUCAUCAGUUGACUUGAUAGUUUACAUCUGAGACAUUCUUGAUUUGCUAGAGGAACAUUGUGUUGGAGUUUGGGACAUUUUCCAAAAGGAACGAUGUGGGAAAGAGAAUUUGCAGCUUGUAAAUAUGCAACUUUUGUCACAGUUAAUGAGGCGAGGCAAUUUGAUUUUGUAUUUUCACUGCUCUCUGCAAGCGGUGAGCUGACACGUGCAGUCUCAUGUGUGGGGUUCUCUUUCCUGCAGUGAAGAGCAUAUGUCUGCUUCAGCGACCGCCUGUGGGGAGCAGGGCUGAGGAUGAUGUAGCAUGUUUUACUGUGCCUCCAUGUUGACAUGUCUGCACAGAGUUAUGAUUUGUGUGACAAAAUGUACCUGAUUGUAAAUCUUCUCAUGUGGGCUGUUUUGGUGCACGUGCCCACACCUCCAGGUUAAGACUUUUGGUGUGUGUUUGUCUUGUGCCUGUCAGUGUGCUUGUGUGAGUUAGUGCAUGUCAGCUCCAGAGCCCUCUACAGUCCUGAUUCAUGACACAGCUGAUUUGGUAGUCAGUCAGUCAAUGUCACGAUAGGGCAGCAGCUUCUGCCCCCCAUGCUGAGCCCCCCACGCCUCUCAUCCUCCCAGGCCACGAUCACAGAAACUCUGACAUCUAGCAUCCAACUCUGCCUUCAGCGCCUGACUCACACUGCAGUGACCUUACAGAGACUUCCCUGUGGAGUUUGCACUUAAGCUUACAUGCCAGUCUAUUUGAGGUUCUCUUUGUCAUAAUGAUGCUUUGUCUGCCUUCAGUUCGAUUUUAGAACGGUAUCAAUUUUUAUUUCUGUAGGUUAUGUGUUUGCUAAGAGAGCUGUUAAAGAUUUUAUCGACAACCGAAUGUGGAUUAUUAAAUGUGCUUCUUUUGACUUAAGGUAAUAUUUAUCAGGGAGUAUUAGUAUAGAGCUAUUAAAGUAUAAAGCAUGAUGUGCUUUUGUGUUGUUUAAAUGAACACUUAGAUAAAUCUCAAGUAGCCCCUGCAGUACCUGAAAUAAACAUCAUAAAAGAAACAGUGUUAAAACUUGUAAAUUAUGCAGUGUCCAUGUGUCUUUAACGCCAUACAACCAAACAGUUUUUUGUAAAGACAUUGUAGAUCUCUUAUGCUAGUGAUAAUAUCACAAUACAGCAAUGCCAGGGUUGAUAUAUUGCCAAAAAUACAAAUAUUUAUGUAUGAAUAAUGAUAAAUCAGUGUCUGAUUAACAGAAGAAUCAAAAAUGCAGUGGAGGCAAAGGGCGUAAUUAAUGUAUUUAUAUCCAGCAGUUUGGUUUGGAUUCACCAAAAUGACCCAGUGUUUAUGUUUUUAGUCUGAUCAACAAAAUUACAGAGCAACUGUGGAAUUAGUUUUGAAAAUUAGGGGGAAUUUAAUACACCUUUGAGUAUUUGAAAAUACCGAUCCUUAACCCAGAUGACUGGACCUACAACAGCUACCCUCAAUACUACAGCCAGUCUUUUCAGUCAGAUGUCUUCCUCUGCAGCCUUCAUUAAAACUGCUGCAAUUUGAAUGUUGGCGUCAGUCCUGUGCAACAUGCAAAUUUUUAAUAAAAUGGGUAGUCAUAAAAUAAAAAAUCAAAUAAAAUGCCUGUUGCGAGAGAGCAGUAAAACACUGGACUUUGCUGUAAUUCUUUAAAAGUGUCUGGUACAUCUCUGUUGUAGUUUUCACUUUAUUCUGCAGUCCUCUUCUGGUGAUUUGGCUGAUUAAUUCCCAGUCAUGUUGCUCAUCCAUGUCUUAAGCACCUCCAUGUGAAGUAGUGAUGUGGUGGUUCGAAUUGGAAGGGAAAGGCUAUUUGUAGCAUCAUAUGUUUUUUUAAAUACAUAAAUCUAAUAAUUUAUGGAUAUUCAGCUCUGGCUUGUUGAUGAUUGUAUUGCGUAGGUAAGUAGGGCAGUAUGCUGCUCCAUUGAUAUCUUGUCCUACUCCUUUACAUACAGGAAGGAGAUAUGGGUCUUGCUUUACAGACAGGUAUAGAGACUCAGGUGUGGGAUUUUGAAAUGUGACAAAGAGCAACCUUCUGUUCUUGAGUGUCUAAAGACUUAAAGUUUCUUGGUGUACUGCAUGUUUAAACAGCACUCCUCUAAAAGCAGGACUUUAGUUUCCGUGUACACAGGUAAGCAGGGAACCAUCAAAAAUGUAGGAGAGCUGUCAGUUCACUGAACCGAGAAAUAUGAUGUUUGAAUAUUUCCAUGAAUUCAGAUCUGAAGCACACUGAACUUCACCUAUGUGAAACGUACUCAGUAAAUAUAAUUGUCACCCCGACACACUUUCAUUUAAGGACAAAAUGUAGAAAUAGAAUAAUAUAUUUGGUCAUUUUGUAUUUGGAAAAAAAACUGUCCAAAUGUGAACAUGAGUGCUUCAAUAAAAUAGUAUCAGACUGGAUGUUUCAGAGCUCAAAAGUAAUGGCAACUUGGCCUGGGAUCACCUCAGAUGAACAACUGACAGAUGGACGGGGGAGGAUGGAGUGAUAAACUGAGAGAGCUGAAUCGUGAAGUGUUACAACAGUGUGUCAUCUUCUGAGGGUGCAGCACAGGGAAGCUUUUGUUUCCCAUGUGUGCUGAUUCAAAUGUGUGUAAGGGGUGUUAAAAUAACCAAGAGACACGGAGGAUUAUAAUAAGAAAUCUAUUAUUGAUGGCCUCAUUCCCUCAUCUCAAUGUAACUGUCAAUAUUGACAGGCUGGUGAAUGAAUGAAUGAACCACAGACUGGAUAGAAAGAUUUAUAGAGCUAGUUGGAUGUUCAUAUAGAUUGAUAGAUGGAUAAAUGGAUAGGCUGUAAUAAAAAAGCUGAACAGGUCUGACAUUGCUUUAGUGAGUCUGAACAAGACGCUGCAUCCCCACAAUCCCCAGGGGUGCUGCUCUGUGUCUGACCGUGACCCUUGACCUCUUCCUGUGGAGGUAGAACAAGUAAAAGAGAAAAUCUCCCAGUGGGGAUUCAUAGCUCCGUGACAUCUAUCUCUCUCAUCACACACACGGAUUGGCUGCUUAACAACGUGACUUCUCUCACAGCUGGUUCUCACCCCUCCUCUCCUCAUCCUCCAUCCUCUCCUGACCUCUACUUCUCUGCUCCUGCUUCACGCUCUCUAUAAUGCGGGUUUCUGACAGGGCCUUUUGGCCACACAGUGUAUUGUCUGUCUUUUCUAACACCUAAAUACACUGGAUCUUAAAAAUAACUGAACACAGAUGGGAUGCUGAAAAACAGUCAGUUGCUAUGCUAAUUAUCCUCACGUGAUCUCGGGCUCCUGCAGUACGAAUGAAGGAAUCCAAAAAUCCUAAAAACAGCCCCAUGAGUGGAGAAACCUGACUUGGCAGUCUUUACUGGGAGCAUUUCCAUUAUUUUUGCUGUUUCAUGGACAUAAAAAAUCCACUGUAAACAAACAGAAUUAGGAGAUUUUUCAUUAAACCUUCAGUCCUUUACGUGCUCUGAUUGGUCUUUUGUUUUUCUGUUCCCCUCCUUUCACCACCUUUCCUCUGUCUUUCUACUUCACUGCACUCAUUCAUCCUCUCAUUAACCUUUUACAUCCUCUGUGCCAGUGUUUAUUUCCCUUUACCCUAUCACACACCCCAAUCCUCUCUUCUAUAUGUCCUUCCCAUCUCCUGCCCCUCCUCUUCCAUAUCCAUCACUCUUGCUCCUCCCACUGCUGACUGCUUCCUACUGUCAUAGUGAUUGUAUAUUGCCCUUAUGGGUGAUAGUGCAGUCAUUGACCAUGUGCAGCUGAGUGCUUUGCAUUAGUUAUGCACACAUGACUUUCAGACAUAGUGGCUCCCGUGCUUCAAAGUGUCUCCCCUGAUCUUCGUUUUUUAAGUGUCUGCAGUUUCUCUAAGUUUCAAUAACCCAUUUAUGAGGGGCUGCUUUUGACCCUUUUUUUUACCUUUGCUGAACAUCCUUAAUACAUUCCAGAACAUGUAAACACAGGUUCAGUCAUUUUUAGUUGAAAUGUGUCCAUAAAUUCUCUAAAUUUGAGACGCACAACCAAUUUUGAUGAAUUUUUGGCACGUCAGAAAUUUUGAUUGGCCAUUUACCGAAGCAUCUACAUCUUCAGAUUAUGUGGCUCCACCACACGCUAACACCAGAAGUGAGCAGAAUGCUACUACUGUGAAAAAGGUCUAUUGUCAAUGAAUUUGUUUUUAAUAGGGACCUUAUGAACAAUUUUUAAAGCGCUGUCCCAAUUAUUUUGGUCUCACUAUGAUGGACCCAACUGUUUAACACCUUUCGAGCUGUUUGCUAGCUGUAUUGUCAUAAUUGGCAGAGAGAUAUGAGAGUAGUAUUGAUAUUCGUUACCCACUCUCAGCCUGAAAUCAUAGCCUCCGAGCAACAUUUCCAGAUAUGUUGAACUUUCAACCUCAAGUGAGACUUUCAGUGUUUAAUGUGGCAAUAUGUAUGAUGGCUGUACCAGCGAAUCAAAUUCAGCAGUAGACCAGAGCACAGAGCCUCUGAAGGGAUGCCCCAAAUGAGGAUUUUAGAAGCUAUUAAAAGUGAGACGUGCGGCACAUGUAGAAGGUCAGUCACAUCAAGUCUCUGCUGAUCAGUUGCAGCUGAAAUCAACCUUUAAAUCAUGUGGUGCUUGUUUUAUGGAGCUUAUCUCUUAUAGUUGAUUGAGCAAUCUCACACCGCCGGUGUGAGAUUGCUCAAACAACUUAAACCUGGCUUGAGAACAUCACAUGGAACUUCAGCUGUUGCCUUGGUUGGGACAUAUACAAGUAUUGUUAUGACAUGACUGAACUCCCUUGCAACAUAAUAUGGCUGAAGGGCAAUUAUUCAAUAUCUGGACAAUAAAACUUCUCCUUGACAGUUAAAUUGGGAAAUAAUAAUUAUACAUAAAUUUAAAUAAGUUAUAAAGGGGGAACUUUCACGUAUACUGCCUUCAUAAAAUAAUGUGUUCCAUACAUUUUUAACUCCACAUAACUUUGUAAACACCCAUAAAGGGGUUUUCAGAUUUAAUAUGAAAGAUUGAGCCUUAUCAUUAUCGAAGUAUCUGAUGGUAACAUUACCUGCAGUUUGUAGCUUUUAAAAAGAAAGUGAGCAUAAAGUACUGAUGCCAGCCUGACAAAUCAAAGUAUCUGAUGGUAACAUAUUUAUUUAUAUAUUUACGAUUAUUCUUUUUCACUGCACUUUGACAAACUGUAGCAUAUGCUCUAAUUCCUCUGCAUUACUGAAACUGUAUCAUCUCCUCUAUAGAGAAUAGUGAGAUUAAAAAAAAGACAUUUGCAUAAACUGAAAUAGACCAGAUCAAAUUCUGGGAUCCGUUAUCCAUCCUCAGCGGUGGUGUUUCUACCUCUGCUUGGAAUGUCAAUGAACUGCAGCUACAGAUUAUAUUUUAGUGUCAGAGUUACAUAUUUAAUCAGCAUGGAUGCUUAACCAGCUUCACACAAAAACAAAGGACUUGAUCCAGGAUCACUUGGAUUGUGACCCACACCACCUCUCCCUGGUCUUUUGCAGUUAACAGCAUAAUUUUGAUAUUGCUGGAUAGUUAAAGGGGUCAUACCUUGAGACUUCUCUGUAAAUACAAAUUACUUUGCCUACUCUGACAUCAGUUUUUACUGUAGUUUAUCUCACUUCCUGUGUCUUAUUAUGACAUAUUUUCAACUAUCCACUGCCGGCAGGGAACUUGACUUUUGCCAGGUUACUGAGGAGAGGCAGGGAGCCCAGACUGUCAGUACAGAGUCAUGACGUAAGGAGCAGACUCUGAGGGACAGCUCUACCCAUCAUGCUUUGCUAUGAGUGUUUCUGCAGUGCUCAUAAAUAUUGAAAGGUUAUGAAAAGAGAGAGAGGAGGCAGAUUGAGGGAGGCUGGGAAGAGAGAGGUUGCACUAAGCUGCAAGAUAAGCGAGCGGUUGAAGACGUGGUGACAAGAAAAGGGUAGAUAUGAUGAGGAAGUGCUCGUGAAUUCAAAGUUGGGAGCAGCCAGCGCUGUGUCACAUGUCUUCACUGUUCCUCGCUCUCUCUGUCCUAUAGUCUCUCUUCCAUCCUGAGCUGCAGGCACGAACGGCCGAAACAGAAACCCAGUUGUAAAGACAAAAGAAACAAGAGAUCAUAGAGUGAGAAAAUGUCUGCGGCCGUUUGACCUGGUUUGAUCAUGGAAAGGAAAUGAAAACACUCAGUUAGGAGACAAGGAGGUGUAUGUGUGUCCUUGUGCUUGAGUGCACGGUACAUCUGCAGUCUCUGGGAUUAUUCUCAGGAGAGAGUAGAUUAUGAAGUUUGGCUUUAGACCGAGAAAGUUAAAUGGGAGAGUAAUAAAUUAUGCAGCUUAAAGGAGAAUGUAAAAGUAUUUCUUUUUUCGGGGGCUUUUCACACUAAAACUAAGAUUUUGAAUACCAGCUUUAAAUUCCAUAAUUGUUCUUUUUUCAAGUAAUUAUCUUUGUAACUCCUUGAACGGCAUGUUGAAGUUUCAUGACUCUGGAAUAAUUUUAAACUUUUACCAUUUUACAGUCUUAGCUUAACCAUAUUUUCUCAUAUUUUAUCCUUGAAUGACACCACCACCAGGGCAGAGCUCGGGUCAUGUAAUAUUCAUUUUGUACACAUGCACACAGUAUGUGUGCGUGUUUGUGUAUAAAUGUGUUUGGUGGUUAAAUAUGUAAGUGCCUGUGUGCUCACCGUCUUUCAUUAUUUCUUUGUGUGUAUGCUUCUGUAUGCAUUAGUGUGUUUGUGUUGUUGCUAGCCUGAUAUCUUUCUCUCAGGUAGAGUAUAAUGAGUUCGUCAUUACCAAAAUAUUAGUGUACAGAUUCUAUGUCUCAUGUAAGAAGAGUAAAUAUCAAGUUUAAAUACAAAUAUGCACAGUAUGUAACUUUAAAAAAGCAUGCUUUGAUUGUAAUGGGUGGCAGAAGCAGUGGCCUGACAGAGGCUAUAAAUAUUUCAGAUGCUCUGUUUUAGCACAGAGAGAGCGAAGACAACAGGAAGAUCCUCGUUUUGAUGUGUCCCAUCAUUGUUACACAAUGAAAGAGGUGUGUUUUUUUGUGUGUGCUGCAAAAAAAUAUUAAUCUCCAGAGAAUCAUAUCAUCUUUUAUUCAGUCUCCAGCACUUGUUUUAUUUUUAAUACACAGAGCAGAUAAGCUUCAGAUGAGCAGCCUUGUUUGUACGUGAAGCUAGACUCACCAUAAUGUACAAGACCGCACUUCCCCUCGUUUAUACAGCACUGUUUCCAAACCUGCAGUCUUCUGUAAUGCACAAAUAUUUGAGCUUAUGUACUCUCACUGCAGGCGGUAAUAUUUCUGGUUUAUGAUUGGCUUUGCAUUGACUGUAUGAUUGUGCAGUCUAUACCGCACAUGCAACGCUCUGCAGGAUUAGUAGGAGGAUUUGGAACGAGCAGCACUAAAUGACAUCAAACAUCCUUUUGAACCUCUCUCAGUAGAUGGCUCUGUGCGGUUGAAAAACUUGCAUGUAAGCUCAUCUGACGUCUCAGUGUGUGUUAGAUCUAAGUCACAGGGAAACAGCCUGUCUUUGUGCAAUCCUGAGAGCCGCACCGAAAAAAGUCUAUCUCUUAACAAGCCGUUAAUUUCAGAUUAAGACUUACAUAAUUAAUAUUUUAUCACAAUAUGUUAAAAAAAAAGGCUCUGACUAUCAAAUGCAGUCCUUGGAUUGAAAGUUGUCUUUAUCAGACACAUUUUCUGCAUGUGUGGGUGGAUUUGUUUGGCUGUCUAUUUUGAGAAGCGGGGUUCUCCUCUAGAAUUUGCUUAAAUUGGGUCUUUAGCCCUUUAGACCCAGUUUGUUUCAGCUUCCCACCAUCACACUCUCAGACCAUCUAUCCAUCAAUAUUGGAUCAACUCCCACUUUGUAAAGCCUUUGUGAGCUGUAUUGAUUUUUCAUUCUCAAGGCUAUGACUUCAUCUUGCCGGGCCUAUAGACAUGGUCUCUGAAUGAUCUCCACUUGUCUUGGUGGAAAUGUAACACUGUUACACUUCAUUUAUUAAUUGAAAGUACUUUUAUUCUUUUAUUGCAUUUCUUCAAUUUAAAAAACAUUUCUCUUUCAAGCUACAAAAGCUUUGUCUAAAAUGCUUUGAAUGAUACAUUAUAAACCACUAAUAAUUGAUAAAGAAACAUAUCUAAUUAGAUUUAAAAACAUGUUGAAAUGACUGUAAUUCAGUUUUUUCAUUGCAGUAUUUAUAUUAAUUUAAAAUAGCUUUUUUUCAUCUUUAUUUUAUUGAUUAUUUCUUUAAUAUUAGGGUUUUGAUGGAUUUUGGAAAAAACAAUAAUAUAAGUUAUAAAACCUGUUUGACCAUUUUAGUUAACCAAAGCAUGCCUGUCUGUGUCCGUAAGCUCAACAGACAAAAAUCACGUGUUGGAUUACUUAAAGGGAUGAGUUCUUCACUUCACUUUAAGAGCUUUAAGUUAAUUUGAUUAGUCUCAUGAAAUGAAGCGCCACACUUCACUCGUAGUGGAGUGUGUUACUGUUUAUUAAAAAACCACUGGAUCUGAGCUCCUCCACCACUUACAUGAUAUCACAGGCUGCACAUCCGACAUGCAGUUUUUUGUUUUUCUUUGUUCAGAGAAGAGUCUCUCAUGAAGGAUUGAACUGUUACCCUGAUUGUGAUAUUAAAUCUGUUUUAGAAAUGGACAUAAAACAAGACAAACAAUAUUACCAUAAAUGAAAAAUGCAUCAUAUACAUUUAUUAAUGUAUUUGCUGUUCAGACAUUUUGAUACAGACGGCUUGUUAAAGUUUGUUGUUGGCAUGAGUAAGCUGCCAUCGUGUGCGUGUAUAAUGAUGUAUCACCUCAUUGUCUGUAUAGGUCUGCCAAUACCCAUAAUUCACUUUUUAAACAGCUACUAAUACCAAAUACUGGCCGCUGUACUCUAUGUAAUAUGCUGGACAAAGUGCUUUAUAGAUUGAUUGUUGGAAGUAGCUUUCAGCCCACCGUCACAUGACACAACUCUUUGUUCUGAUUGGCUGUUGCGAGCAAGGUGCAGCUUGGUCCCAAUGGUUGUUAAUUUUCCUCAGAAACCAAAAUGAAUAAUGAGUCUCCAGACAAAUUCACAUUUUUGACUUAGUAUUCUGAGUCCUGCUCCCAGGCCUCCUUUUUUCCAUUCAUUUUGUAAAUUGAGGGUGUCUGGCGGUGGGGUGUAGUAUUAGAAAAUAGCUACAGACACUGUCACUGCUUGUUUCAGUUUAGAUGUAUUACCUUAAUUGUGCUGAUCAGCUUCUUCCAUUAACUCUGGAUCUUCCUGGCAGGGUAAUAUUUCAAAGUUAGAGGGCUAAGUUGAGAAAUUGGGGUUGGCUGUUGCUGCGGAACUAAGUGGGGAAGCAGAAAAAGUGGAAGUAAUAUGUGAGGUGAUAAAUGAAGUGGCUUGAAGAGUCCGGCAUGGCACUGUACAGGUCCCAGCAAGGCCAGGUUUAGAGGUUUUGUUCUGUAAUGAUCAAAUGAGCACUUUGUAUAAUGAAAGAUGCUUUUCCACAUGUGAAUCAACUCAUGGCUGUAUGUUGGGUGUAUACAUCUGAUGUUGUUAUUUAUCCAUUUCUUUGCUCAGUCUCACCAGGGUGAGAUUUCCUUGUUGGUGUUUCCUGCUUGAUGAGCGUAAACCACAUGGGAGAGUUAUCAUUUCAAUAUGUGUGUGUGUGUGUCGGUGUUUUCAUGUGUGUGAGUUCGCUUGAGAAUCUGUCUUUUGUGGUAGAAACGGCUCUUUGUUUAAACCCACGAGGGUUCAUUACUGUGAUCUAUCUCCCUCCCCAUUGGUGCCAACACUAACAUACUGUGGCAUCUAUGCAGUUAUUUUUAGCUUAGGGAUUGUGUGCGUGUAUGUGUGUGUAUGUGUGGUAGUGUGUGCGUGCGUGUGUGUGUGUGUGUGUGUAGGUAGGUAAUUCAUCUUCAUAAUUAUUGUUUUUUUAAGCUUUUUUCUGUACAGGUUUCUUUUUCCAUUGAAAAUAGCCAUCAUUUUUCCAUCUACAUUCAUGAUCUAUGACUGUCUACUGUUGUUCAUCACAAAACAUCCUUAUACACUCUGCCAGGUCAAAGACAAUCAUACAGUAUGUGUCGUAUUAAUAUUGAAAUUAUUAUUAUUAUUUUUCUGUCUGUAUUGUAACUAGGGGUGGGAGAAAAAAAACGAUACAGCAUAGUAUUGCAAUAUUUUGUCUGGUGGAGUUUCAUACACUGGUCAUGCUGUUCAGGGCUCUCCAUGCAAGUGCCUUCCUCACUUUCAGAUCUUGUUCAGUUGAGUUGACCCAUGAGCCGAGGUAUUUGAAGUCCUUAACUUCUUUCAGCACAGCGCCUCCUGCUGUAGUCAGAGGUUGAUGUUCUGGUGGAACGUUGUAGGUGAUGACCUCAGUUUUCUUGGCAUUUAGUCUAAGGCCAACCUUUUACAAUGCUACAAUUUUAAAGAGUUUUUCUCAAUAAACUGAAUUCCUUCACACUCCCUCUGUUUCAGAACUUGCACUGCAGUACUAAUAAUGCAGUACUUGGGUAUUUCUACAUGCAUCUACCAAGUUACAGUGCUAAGGAGCGAGAUGCAUACUUUGAAAAGAAGUCUGAACUCGGACUCAUUUGAAACCUGAAGUGACAGGAGCUGUCACCGCAAUAAGAACACAAAUCCAACAUCCUGCCAAUGACUUCAGUCAGAGAGGCGCCACCGUUCAGACAAGCCAUCAAAAUGCUCACAGGACUCAGAGUUUGUAAGGUUCAGAUAGAGUGUCUGUAUGUCCCCCAAAUCCCAGACUAGAUGUCAUAAAACAGGAGUCUACAUGAGACCUUACACCAGAAGAGAGCAUAAAUAGCAGGUUUUUAAACCCCUUCUGGAUCAUGGAGUCAGCAAACUCGAGAAAUUGUAUACCAACACCAGCUUAUACAACAGCUUAUAUUUUGACACUGCCUCUGUGUGUGACUCAUUGUUUGCGUGAGGUGUUACUCAUCUUUAAAGAUAGCUUUCUAUCGACCUGAGUUUCUGUCAUUCGUGUGAGACCGUUUGUGCUCUAUUUUAUACCUUGUGUGUGUGUGUGUAAAAUGCAGGUGCCCAUUAUAGAGUGGCACAGAUAAAACUGAUUAAAUUGCAAACCUGAAAUUAAGUGCUUUAACCUUUUUGCUUUUAAUAUCCAUGUGUGUGUAUGUGGUUGUCGCGGUUUUGCCUCAGUGUUAUCUUCCUUGGUAUUAAUACAUGACGGCCUCUAGCCUCUUUCAUGCCUAUGUGAUUAUUUUUGGCUCAGAAUCAAAUAAAGAAGUCUGUUUUUCUCUGUGAGGACACGUAAUCAGAUUUGUGUGGGCUAGCCACAUAAAUACUCAGAAAUGAAAUGUUUUGUGUAACACAGCCGACGUCGAUGACAGACAAGGAAAAGAGGCUGUCACAGUUUCCCAGGAUCAUGAGAAACACUCAAAGGUAGUGUCUGUACAGAUGCCACAGUGUUUCUACAUCUUGUUUAUUGGUUAGCGGGUAAUGCUGUGGUACGUGGCGUCGAGAUGUUGGCAGCAGGUCUUGAAAAGUCUUAGAAGUAGUGAGAUGGGGAUCCCACAGGUGUUUGGUCAACACCUUGAACUCCUGCAGGCCAUCUUCCUCCAUUGUUGGUAUUUAUGGGGUUUGGAAAGUGUCGGUAAAGGAGUGCUGUGACUGUGUGGCACUGUGUCUUUUGACAUCUUUUAUCAGAACCAGCUUUAGCUUUUUCACCACUUGGACUUGGAACAGUCCAGUUCUGGUGAUGCUGUGUCAUAAGGUCAGCUUUACCGCUCUGUGACAUCCCUUUGUUGUCUUCUUCAGUCACCUCUCUCUUUGUUGCUGGGGAGAAUGGUGUGUUGCAUCAAGCUGUCCCUGGCAUGACUGAAAGUGUUAGCAAGGUGCCAGCUGUGCUGGUUGAUGACACGCUCAAACGCAGAGACUGUUCAACACGAAACAGCGUCCUUCAUUCUUUACAUGUUGUCUCAUUGUCGUGGUCUUUGGUGUGGUCAAUGCGGAAACAAAGCUUAAGGGAAAAAGGACAUUUUGGAGAGAGAGGGGAUGACUUGUUGCAAAGAGCCAUGUUGGAAUCAAACCAGGGCUGCUGUCGGCUGGGUGAGCCUCGGGUGCCCUGCUAAGCUGCAUUUUGACUCUUCUUCAUGGUUCAUCUUUCACACUGUGCCCAUGAGAGGCUGUGCAUGCCAGCUGUAAGCAAAUGGGCUCAUAGUUGUACUAAUACAUGACACAUACAGUACAUAGACAUGACUUUGAAACUGACGUGUCUGCUGUUGUGUUUCGUCUUCUGUGCUCUUGUGGUUUGGUGCUGAUGUGUCCCUCGUGUCAGAAGAGUGGGCUCAGAGAGGUUGACUGAAGCCUGAGGGUCUCAGCUCUUUAAUAACAGAGUACAUACAAUGUUUUUGUGUGUUUCUAUACACUCGAUUUAUUUUCUCACCGCUUUGUGUUUCUUCAUCAGCUGCAGUGCAGUUCCUUUAGACACCUAAACAUUCAGACUGAUUUCAAACAAUUUCUGCAGAGUAUUUUUAACACUUCAGGGUGAUUGAACGUAUCUGCAGGCUUUCUAUUUUGAUUAUAUCUGACUUUCAACUUUGGACCCAGUGAGAUCAUUAGUAAGGUUGCAUGUUUUUGCACUGUCCUGGUGGUCGUGUGUUUGUGUUGCUUCUUAUCAUGUCCUGACGAUUGUUGGAUUUGGACUGAAGCCCCGUUGUAUACAGGAAUGUAUAACGUUAAAGCUUAUAAAUUCUGCGACUGGAGUCUUGCAGGUCUUGUAACCCAACAUCCAGUCUUAAAUUGAGCCACAUCGUUUAAAUCAGUGGAUGCACAAGCAUUCGUUAAUUAUCAAAUAAUAAUUUUCAGAAUUACAUGAAUUAGCAUUCAAUUCUGCUGCUCUACCGAUUGGCCUCAAACGAAGCGUUUUAGAUGGAGGCUGAAAAAAUGAUAUUUUAACAUGCCAGAGUGAGAGAUUUGAGGCUUUUUUGGAUUUGAAAAUCAUGUAGAGCUAUUAAAGACGUAUGGAGUCUGAAAAACAAAAACACUCUUUAAACUUUGGGAAACAUUAAAUCCUUCUGAACAAAAAUGCUCAGAUUAUAGCUGAAACAAAAUAACAAGGCUCAGAGGUUUUCUGGGGCAAACACUGUCCACUGUAAGAGUAUGAAAUUGAAAAUCUGAAACCCACACACUUGGCUCGCUUGGCUUGAAAAGUGAUUAUUGUAUCUCCUUUCUUACACACAGAAGAUAAGAAGUUCUUAAUGACAGCAGUCACUUGAGGCUAAGACAAUAUGAUCUACUGUAAAGUGCACAAAAAUAGGGCUUGUAGACCACUAGAUCACACAACAAAAACAGCAAUUGUUCAUCUGCACACUAUUUUAAAUUUUUCCUGCUCAGGGUUAUUGAAGUAGAACAAUAAAAAUAACAUUUCAAUACUGUAAAGUGUGAACUUGAACAUUAUCUGUAAAAAGAAAUAAAAGGUCACUCUUUCUUUUACGAUACACUUAUUACCAGGUAAUUACCUGGUGACAACAUGAAAUUAUCUGGUAAUUACAUGAUAACUACUAAGUCAAUACUGUCUAGCUACCAGGUAGGUAACCUUCCAUCAUCAUACAAAUUUGAAGCCGAAUUGCUCUGGUAUUUCCAGGAUUUUCUCCGCUUCCUGGAACCACCACUUACGCAGUAGCAUUGUACACAUUCAGCGGGUGAGUCGCAGUGAUAAUGCUCGGCUCAAACAGCGUAUCGCUACACAAUCUUCGCACGCCCAUAGGCUGUAUCAAGUGUCAAUCAUAGAAAAUAAGAACCCCAAAUAGCUUUUGAAAAUGGAGCUGCACAGAAAAAAGAAAAAAAAAAACAAAACUACACAGUAUUGACUUAGUAGUUAUCAUGUAAUUACCAGAUAAUUUCAUGUUGGUACUAGGUAAUUACCUGUUAAUUACCUGGUAAUAAGUGUACCGUAAAAGAAAGCGUUACCAAAUAAAAUAUAUUGAUGUUAUCUGCAAAUGCCAGGAAAAAAAAAACCUGAAUGUGAGAGCUAGACAAAGAGGGGAAAUGGUCAGAAUGAGAUAGACAGCAAAAAAGAAAAGAAAUAAAAUCUAACAAAAUAAAAGGAAAUCAGAUUUAGGGUAAAGGCAGGGAUGCUUUGAACAGAGUGAUGUAUUGUGGGAGGCUCCAGUAAUCUAAUUGUUUGGUGUAACUGGCUCCAUGAUUACAAAUAAAAUACCAGGACUGGAGGUGAAACUCUAAUGCAUGUGAAAGAGUGAAGCGUGAAAAGAAGGAAGCAGACUGACGUCAGUGAAGCUCGCAGGGAAAUGGAUUCCAGCCUGACAGCAACAUGAGCUCAGUCUGGUGCAGAAUGAGUUUCUGGAAGGUGGUGGAGAGAUUUUUCAUCUUCUGCUAAAUGUGGUCAGCCCAUGGCUCAUGCUGCAGUUUCCACAAUACACACUGACUCACUCUCACAAAUUGGCCAGCACUCAUUAACAAACACGCUCCGCAGAUGACAGAUGCACUGAAAACUGGUUCAUGAAGCACUGGUGCUGGUGGUGGAGGGGGGGCUGCAGGUGGAGUCUACGAUACCCACUCCUGAUGAAUACAGUACAAACACCCGGGGUUGUUCUGGCGGUGACAGUACCUGUUUGAAGUCCAGUCUCUCUGAGCUCUCAUGUUCAAAGGCACGGGAUAGGGAAUAGCUCAUAUUAGUGGUGGGUGGCAAAAAGAGAAUAAUACAUACUCUGAGAAUGGAGUAUAAACCAAAUCGAAAUCGUGUUAACAAUAUAUAACUAAUGAGUAUUUUUAAUGUGUAUUGGAAGCAAAAUGACCGAAGGCGUUUUUGUUUAAAACCCACCAUGAGUAGAGGAAGCUGGCCAGCUGAAAACUCACUGAAGUCAAAAGGAUUAUUUGUGACAUUACUCUUUCAAGUUUUAUUCAAAUAGCUUUGAUUUUUAAGUUGUAAUUUAGUAAGAGGGAGCAUUUUACAACCACUAGUCUCUGCUGUAACACAGUGUAAAAUAAAUGAUACUGGAACAUCCCUGUCUUCCUGUAGGAACCCGCCCUGACAGGCUCUAAGUUUGAGAGUCUUCUCAGAUGAAAGUUUGUAUCCUGCUGAGUAGAGAUAUAGUCAUGCUUCAAUGUUUGACAAAUACAGUUUUAGUGAAAUAAUUGAUGACAAAUCAUAUUAAGAAUUGUGUUCGAUUCACUGACAGAGGACGUCCUGAUUAGAUGAGCUAAUUUAGAAAACAUCAGUGACUUGUGUGCCGUAAACAAAACAAGAUCUACCAAGGGUGCUGAAAUGUUCAUGUAUGCUACCCAGAUGCUUCAUGGGCCUGAUGAAUGAAUGAUGAGUGAAUCAACUUUAGUUUAAAGUUUAAAGGAAGAGGGGAGGUGGAUAUCAAAACCCCAAAUACCAGUUUGUGUCAGCUAUAUUUCGAUUAUGAGCCUCAUUCACAGAAGGACUGAACACUUUAACUCCCUGUGCCGGUACAGGAAGAAGACUGAGGCGAGGUGAAAAAUAAAGCUUUAGUCAUUUGAAAAGGCCAGCCGCAUCUCUCAGCGUUUCAGUAUAAUUAAACCACUUGAGAAUAAAAGCUCAGCUCAAACAGAUGCAUCACUUUGCCGGUGAGGGGUCAAGGGUGCCGAGCGCUCUACAGUAUUUCCUCUUUAGGGCAUUGAAAACAUCUCAUUGAGCAGGUCAACCAUAUUACUCUAUUGGCUGGUAAAUUAAAACAGAGGUGGGCGUACAAAUACUGACACACACUGAAGCUCAACACUACAGGAGCUUUGCUGUGAGAUCAGACAGGCAGCAAAGCUCACGGUGGAGCGUGCUUAGCCGUGAAUGCCUGCCAGACUCACAGUGUGGGUGAAGUUUGAGUGUAAAGAGUCUGACGUUUGUAGCCUCUCACACUGGGUAGUGGGGCUGAUGGAUGUAGUUGUAUAUAGCCCAGGGUCUCGCCCUGAAUCCCCUGUGAGCGGUUUUUAAAUGCUUGUGAAACAGAUUGAAAUUGAUACUGAUGUCUUUGUAUGACUUGCAAAAGCAAAUGAAACCACAAGCAACAAGACUGACAUUUUCAAUUUCCACUCUGGGAUUUUAAUACCUGGACCCACUGCAGGGGGGGUAGGUGUCAGACAAGAUGAUUUUCAGCACACUGAAAAAACAGGCUUUCUUUACAUUUCAACAGCAAAUACUCAGCAAGAGAGAUAAAUUUGAGGAGUGAAAGGAAGCAUGAUGAGAUUGUUUUUGUCAGGAACUACUACCUCAUACAGAAACACAUCAGAGAAUUGAAAAGAUGGACACAUUUGUCCACAGGGGGCACAAAAAUCAACACAAGCCAACAAAUGUUCCUCACGGCACCUAUUCCUAACAGACGCUGUUAUAGAUUUAGAUGUAACUUGACUGGGGUUUCGGUGCCCUGAGCACUGAUGUCCCAGAAUUUGAAUUUUUUUUACAUAAUUUGUUUUGUUUUGUCUCCCUCUUUGUCAAGUUUGAAUGUACUCAAAUGUGUAUUCACACCAUUCCUCUGUUCUUUGCAGGCUGAUGCAGCCACCAGCUUCCUGCGUGCAGCUCGUUCAGGAAACCUGGACAAAGCUCUGGAUCACAUCAAGAAUGGAAUCGACAUCAACAUAGCUAAUCAAGUGAGAAAGUUUCCUUUGGCUUCCUGUAACGGCUGCAGUGUUUGAAUGUUUGUGUUUCGGGGGAGUUAAAAUAAGAUGCCACCCACAUACUUCAAUUAACAAAACAGUGAGUUCAAUCUUGGCUCAGUGAAAUCAAUUAAACAUCGGUUUAGUAUUCAGAGUAUUUAAACAAAAAGGGAAGCCCACACUGGAGUACCUGCGUGAAGCUCUGUAGAAAACUCAAAACUACGCUGUAGUGUUCCUGAAACCAUUUUUAAAAAGGUUCUAGACAAUCAGGUCCACUUUCUUUUUAUCUUGAUGAGAAAAUCUGUCAGUGCUCUUCUACAUUUGUAAUUCAGUUUACAUAGAAAGCUACCGGCUGAAUGGAACAAGUGUAAGGGCGCAGAGUGUUUAGGGUAAAACUUACGUCCCUGUCAUAGUUGUCGAAAGGGUUUGUGAAUGUGUUUAAAGAUGACAGCACACAGGGCAGAUAGUGACAUGUCUCUCCAUGUUUUCUACCUCAGAUAGAGCUGUACAUUCAGGGAUUUUGUCAGUAACUGCUGUAGCUCUUCAUUCUCUCUUUCUGUAGAUCUAAAGUCAGCUCUACAGUCUCACCAAGUUGUGCUAAUGCUAGCUGUAGCUAACGAUAAUACAAAUUCAUUAUGAUAAAGACUUUUCGGGGAAUACUUAUAAGACAAAAUAGUCAUUUGCUAGUUGGAAUCAUGCUAACCUUCUCAGAAACAAUAAUAAACCUCCACUCAGGUGACAGCAUCUUUACCCCCUUGUCCUUUUUACUCCUUUUAAUUCUCUCUCCUACUCCUUUUUAAUCUCACUCCUCUCCCAGCUCUCCUCCCCCCUACUCUCCCUCUCCCUAAUCUCCUUUUUCCACCCGCCUCCUCCUGCUCCUCUCCCUGCUUUCCUCUCUCCUUCUCCUCUCCCUGCUCCCUUCCUUGACCUGCCUCUUCCUGCUCUCCUCCCUGCUUUCCUCUCUCCUGCUCCUUUCCCUGCUCUCCUCCUUGACCUGCCUCCUCCUUCUCCUCUCCCUGCUUUCCUCCCUUACCUGCCUCCCCCUUCUUCUCUCCCUGCUCUCCUCCCUUACGUGCCUCCUCCUGCUCCUCUCCCUGCUCCCCUCUCUCCUUCUGUGGCUGUCUCAUAGUUUGUACCCCUGUUCCAUAAUGAAUUGAAGAUGCAGCUGUUUACCGUUAGUCUUAGUGGAAACCACAAUAUCCUUGUGCCCCCAAACUCUGUUUCACUGAUCUGAGCUGCUGUUUGAUGAAAGAGGCCGCGCCCACGCUCUGCUGAGGGAGGGUAACCUUCAUUUAGUGUAAAGGAUGUAAUUGGGGCAACACAGUUGGUGACAUAACACUCAUUAAGGUUCAUCAUACUCUUUUGAUUGUGGGGUGGUAAAAUCAUAGUACGACUUAAUAAUUAAUUAUGUAGGUUGUUAGAUAACAUUGUAGCAACAGAAUAACAAAUAAUAACACAGUGUUCCCCUUACCAGUGAAUUUGCCUUCAGGGAUCAAUAAAUAAAGUUAUUCUUACUCAGACUGAGAAUCCAUCGGUCCACUUUGGAUUAUGUAUCCUUGAAGCAAAUACAUCUUAAAGAAAUAUAACUCUGCUUUAAUGAUAAUCACUUUGUAAAUAAAUAACUAAUACUGUAAAAUUCUGUUUGGUAUGUCAGCCACAGAGGCAAUCAAACUGUCCGCACGCUACAAAAUAAAAGAGUGCAGAACGUCUACACCCAAAAGAGCUGUAUUACAGCACGACUUGUUAAAUUUCUGAUAGGGCACACUGAGAUAGUUUCUUUUAUAGUGUCGAGGGUGAAAAUUUAAACCACUUCAUUAAAAGCACCCCUGAGUUCAUGCAGUCAUAGCCUGGCUGGGCCCAUCCAGUUGCGUGAAUCAGUUGCCGUUCCUUCCCACAACAGUCUGGACUUUGACCAAUUGGGGGCUCUAAAAGUGGGUGGGAGUACUUUCCUUGAUAGACAGACUACUGUAACCAAUCACCGUAACCAAACAUCUGACGUCAUCACAGUGCGCAACUGUGUUCCCUGCUGGGCUCUCAAGCAUCAAGUAAAGGUUUGGUAAUAUUUCAACGUGUACGAGCAAACAAUGUCUUUUACGUCUUCUUCUGCCAACUUUGCAAAGUCAACUGCAGAAUUAACGGCGUUCUGAAUGAAACGUCCCGCAGCAUGUGUUAGACGUCACCAUCUUCACAUGGACCAAUCAGGGGCUGCCUUUCCCUGUUGUGCGGGGAACAGUGGAAACACAGUCACUGAUUGGCCCGGUUAUUUUCUGAUUUCUAAUACUUGCUCCCAAUUGGCCGAAGUCCAGACUGUUGUGGGAAGGAACGGCAAGUGAUUCACGCAACUGGAUGGCCCAGCCAGGCUGAUGCAGUCAUGCAGUAACCAGCUUUACCUGGUUGUACUGCUCCCUCUGCUCACUUCCUCUUGGUUAUUUUUGGUUCCUCUGACCAGUCUCUAUUACAUCAUGAGUUUGUUUUUUUUUGCCUUCAGUUAAAAGUAGUUGAUGAGGAUACGUUGCCAGGUCUUACCUCACUGUGGGAAAGUAGAAGGCUUCCCUCAGUAAUGAGGUCGUGAUUAUGAAACAGACUGAAGGGAGAGUGGUACUCAGAAACUUCAUUGUGUUCCUUUGUUAAAGAACAAGCUGUACUAGAUUUCUUUGGAGGGUUUGGAAAGAGGGAUUGAAAUCUAACACAUAAUGUCCGUUUAUUCUUCAACGGCAGCCAUUCUGCCACAUUAGCAAAACGUGUGAAAUAAAAAGAAGACAAAGGAAAUUAAAAAUUAAAGACCGCCAGAGCUCCUGAUUCUCCAUCUUUGUGUAAAGUGGUGUGCAUAAAUAAUUAACUCUAUUAGAUUAUAGUUCCCUCCAUCUUCAUCUGCUACAGUCUCCUCUCUUUCACCUUGUUGCAUCAUGACCAACACAACAAACUCAGGCGAUUAGAUAUCAUGAUUCAUGAGCAUGAUGGCGUGAAUGUGCGUCUGUCUGGUAAGCACACACACACACAUAUUUUUGCCGGUAGGUUUGUUGUGCUUUGGAUGCUCGUGUAGUAAGAGUGAUGGCUGGUGAAUGAACAGACAAGUGCUUUUAUAACCAGACAAAACACUGUCAGUGAGAGGGGCAUUAAGAAUGAAAACCAACUCCCACGAUCCGUGCUGAGCUAUUGAUGCAAAACAACACAAACAAACUAGUCAGAGGAACAGGAUGAGUUAGAGACAAAUAAUCAGAUUAGAUGAGUUAUCAAUUUGACACAGCCCUGAGUGGUCUACGUAGUAUGAUAAUUGCACAUAAAAUGAUUGUAAAAUGCCAAUUUGAUCCACAGUUGUAUUGGAUUAAUUUCAUUAAAAAUGUUACUCUGAUUCUGAAUCUAUUUCCAUUCGUGGUUCAGUCUUCUUUCAUGUUUUCUUCUCAGGGUCGUUGCUGCAUCUGUAUUGACUUUUUUUUACCAAGCACUGAGGCGAGGGCAGGGAUGGUAUUUUUAUGUUUGAUUUAUGUGAUCCUGCAGCUGUAACCCGUCCUUGCUGUGGUUCCAAACCUGCAGGCUCUCCCUGCUGCGUCUGCCCUCUCUUUAUUUCUCAAGGUGUCGUACCAUUGUGGCUCUUGUCUCUGUGUGACCGUGAACAUGAAUGUAUAAAACCCACAACAUUUAAUGUGUCACAAAAAGAACAAAAUCUCAUUGUUCUUGCUUUACUCCUGUGUGUGAGACACAGGCGUUCCCUCAUUAGGCGUGUGAAACUCGCACUGAUUUACGGUUUGUUUCCCACCACACCGCGCAUGCUCCCGGAGAGACUGUGUUGCCCAUUUGAAUUGAUUGACACCGCAGUGUGAUGAGAAACAGUGCAGUUAAUAGAGACUCCUGGUGGUCAGGCUGGUUACAGCAGGCAGGUUGCAGUGUAGAGUUGGCUCAUGCUGUUGCAGACCGACAGCUGGAGUGAGACACAGAUCACCGGGCAGGCAGGCAGACAGGCAGACAGACAUCCACCAGCCCCUUGUUGUUGCUCAUUAGUCUCACCUGGUUUUAUUUUCAUCAGAACCGAGUCCUCCGUCUGUUAUUGGUUUAUGAGUUAUUUUUAGAAAUACAGUAACCAGACUUGUUCUGCACAGCUCCAAAAACAGGCACGUACUGAACCGCAGUCCUCAUGUGAGAAAUGAGUCAAAAGUACUACAGUGUGUUUCACUUUCUUCUCCUUCUCUCGUCAGUCUGAUCCUGUUCCUGCAGACACUUCACACUCCGGUUUCUCAGGCUGCUGCACUUGUAGCUCAUUUUGACAAGCCUGAAAGGUUAUGAGAUACUUUACGUUAAUGGUUGUGGCAAAGACCGCGAUGAACGGUGCCAAGGAGAGGACAAGGCUGAAGGUUGCCAGAGAAGGCUGUGCCACAUGGAGGUUUCUGAGCGGUCUUUGUACAGAUCCAUUUCACUAAUUGAUUUAGGAGAGUUAAAUGGGAGUGUGUGUUUUAUGACACUAACUUACAAGACCACUACUUACCUCAUUAAGCCUCUCUGAGAUGUGGCCUCACAUUACAGUUAAUGUGGACUGUGAUUACGAUAAUCCUGAUAAUUAACAGGACUAUUAUACCACAACUGAGGCUUUGAAGUGGAGCGAAAACUUUAUCCAACUAGAAGCACCGUUAUUUAUUGCUAUACAUUUAAACCUCUCUUUGACUCUGCAAUAACUUCUGAGUAAACACUGCCUGUAUUUGUGUCUGCCACUUUUGACGUGACAAAUUCUGUCUUUCUUUCCCCAGAAUGGUCUCAACGGGUUACACCUGGCCUCUAAAGAAGGUCAUGUCAAAAUGGUGCUGGAGCUACUACACUCUGGCAUUGAACUGGAAGCCACCACCAAGGUACGAAUCUCAAGUGACGAAUCAGUCAGGUCAGAAGGCAGGUGACAGCUGGAGGUGCCAUACCAUACUUUUUUAUGGUUUUAGCUUUAGCUUUAGAUCAGUAUGACUGCAACUUCAGAAAUCACUGCAGCAAGCGGUCAUGAGCGACACUGACAUCCCUGUCACCACAUUACACCACUUUAACUUAAAUAUUGGUUCAAAAAUGUAUGAAUUAGCAUUCCAAGCUUUCAAUUUCAAUAUUUCUCUCUCUCUCUCUGUCUUCCUUUCUUCUUUUUGUGUGUGUUUCUAUGAUUUUGCCUCCAGAAAGGGAACACAGCUCUUCAUAUCGCGGCUCUGGCAGGGCAGGAGAAAGUGGUGGCUGAGCUGGUCAACUACGGUGCCAACGUUAAUGCCCAGUCACAUGUGAGUCCCUGGGAGCUGAAGAGUUUGAUUGUGUCUGUGUAGUUGCAUAAGACACACCUUAACAGAGCUGUGCAGUUAUUAAUAUGAAUGAUUUAUUUCAUAGUCUUUUAAAUGGAAAUUGAAAGAUUAGCUGAUGAGCCCAAAACGAGAUCACUAGGGAUGGGUGAUAAAUCAUCGUUCUCGAUUUAUUGACGGAAAAAUCAUCCAUGAUAGAUGUUUGCCAUCUCGUGAUAAAUACGAUAAAUGCAAGUUGAUGAUGAAAGUGUGAGUGACUCUCAGCCAUAGCCCACACAGAGCAGAAUAACAAACAAACAUGGCCAUAAUGAAGGUAAUGAAGACGUUUCUGAGCAGCUCGAGGCUCCACAUGAGGAAUUUCCUUCAUGAUUGGGGUUUAGAUGAGUGCAAUCAGGUCUGCCUGACAUCGGACAGUGGAUCUGCUGCUGUUCACUCUGUGCAAAGAGAGUUUUCAAGAAAUGUUGAAAAUGUUUUAACAUUUGAGAUUUGUUUGAUGUCAUUAGUUUUCUCCAUAACCUACCACUUAAACUUGUGGUUAAGUAUCUCAUGUGACUGCUCUAACUGGUGUUCUCAAGACAAAAUGAGUCAAAAUUAUAGAUCGGAAUUAUAAUAUUUAAUAUCAGGACUUUUAUCAUUAUCACCAGAAUGGCAAAUCUUAGCGUGAUACAUUUUUUAGUCCAUAUCGCCCAUCCCUAGAGAUCACAUAGUCUGCAGUUAAACAAGGUCAAAUUGGUUUUUGAGGUUAUCAAAGCUAUCACCACCAGCCUUUGGUUCCUCCUGCAGGUUAAUGUCCACAUGCAGCAGCUGCUUAUGCAUUUCUUUAUGUGCUAGUUUGACAACCAUAGGAUGAAGAAAUAUUAUCCUUUUAAGCAGAUAGUUAUUCUGUUAGUGGCUGGUGAGAAAUAUAAACUAUGAAAGAGUGUGCUUUCUUACCAAUAUGUUGUGUUUUUGUGCUCUUACAGAAAGGGUUUAGUCCUCUCUACAUGGCAGCGCAGGAGAAUCAUCUAGAGGUGGUCAAGUUCCUACUGGAGAAUGGUGCCAAUCAAAGUCUCCCAACCGAGGUACCUCCCCCCCUGAACUGCUUGUGUCAGUCUGUUGGUUGAUAGAGUCAGUGAGACUGAGAAGGGGAUAAGUAUUGUUUGUGCUAUUACAUCAUAUGAAGGAAACUGUAAAAGUUUAUGAGUAAUUCCAGUGAUUGAAGUCACCACCAGAGUCAAAGUUGCUGCCCUGUAAAACAGAAAUCCAUUAUUCAGCAGUAAAGCUGCUCUCUUGGGCUGAAUGAUUUAUUUUCCUGGAAUAAAAAGUUCAUAUGUAAAUGUCUAUGCUGACCUUUGUGCGAGCAAUAAUCCUGAUCAUUAAACCCCGGUUCUAAUGGUGCACACAAGCCUCAUUUCUGAGUGUUAAUAUCCCUCCGUUUGACCAAAACACUCUCAAAAUUCAAACAAUUUUCCAUUCGCUCCUCACUUUCUCCUCUGCCUGACCUCACAAAUACCUCUUGCCUCCUUCUCACCUUUUCAUCCCUUUUCCUCGCUGCCCCCCCCUCUCUCAGGAUGGCUUCACCCCCCUGGCAGUAGCGCUUCAGCAGGGCCAUGAAAAUGUUGUGGCACUGCUCAUCAACUACGGCACUAAAGGCAAGGUUCGCCUCCCCGCAUUGCACAUCGCUGCCCGAAACGAUGAUACGCGCACCGCCGCAGUGCUCCUGCAAAACGACCCUAACCCUGAUGUACUCAGCAAGGUAUGAACACGGACUGAAACUGCUUCAUGUGCCUUAAACUAUGAUAAGUCACAUAAAAGAAGCAGUCUUGUUGUUGUAAAGAAAUUGUGCUUUUUGGGUUAAAAACGUUUUUUCGACACGUAUCAUUCACUGUUGGUACCUUGUUUUCCAAUAAGGAUAUAAAUAGAUCGUAAUUAUCCUUAUUUGCCCUUUUCUCCUCACACUUUUCUUUGUUGUCUUUCUCUGUAGACCGGUUUCACACCUCUCCAUAUUGCGGCCCACUAUGAGAAUAUGAGUGUUGCCCAGCUGCUGCUGAACAGAGGAGCCAAUGUAAACUUCACCCCCAAGGUCAGUUUGUCCCGGCGCAAAACAACAUCUGAAGUGUGUUUUAAUCAUUUGAUGUUGUGAGCACAGUAUCAUCCAGUGAAUAGGAAUCUUAACACUUAGACCUUCCUCAUAUACUCAGUAGAGCUCAGCCUCUGUUGUACUUUAGUCCUCGCUCAUGUUGGUGUAAAUCAGGAAGAUUCAAUAAAGCUGUCUGUUUUUUGUUUGCUUGUCUAGAAUGGCAUCACCCCCCUUCAUAUAGCCUCCAGGAGGGGUAAUGUGAUGAUGGUCAGACUACUGCUGGACAGAGGAGCACAGAUUGAUGCCAAAACAAAGGUAGUUUACCGAUAAACAGCUCUUGUAUCUACUGUAUGUUCCAUCCAUCCAUCCUUCCUGCAGAUUUUCAUGUCUUUCCAAUCACUCUCUCCGGUCUAUCUCUCUUUCUUAACUCGUCUCUUUGUAGGAUGAGCUGACUCCUCUCCACUGUGCAGCCAGGAAUGGUCAUGUUCGUAUCAUUGAGAUCCUGCUGGAACACGGUGCUCCCAUCCAGGCUAAAACCAAGGUGGAUUAAUUUAAUGAAAAACUGCAGACACCGUGUCUGUCUUUUAGUCGUUUCUAUCUUUGGGUGCUGCUCUGUAAUCAGCUGUGAUCGUUGGAGCUUACUUCUAAGUGCUGGUUUGACUUUGAGAAUCUGGAUCUGAAUCUUAUGUAACCACUGAGGGAGACUCCAUCAGAAAUUCAGCUCACAAACUAGCUAGCUAGAACUUUUACACUUUCAUCCAGCAGCAAGGUAGAUAAAAUCAAGACUCCUAACACAUUUAUCUGUUUACAGAGCGGCUCAGAUCGAAGCCUCUUCAGCUCUGGGUAUUUAUGCUCCACCAAGGAGAUAUUAUUUUGCAAGUCAUUUUAGCACAAUGGGUUGAUUAUGUCCCCUCAGAGGAGCAGAUGCUAAUUGACUAUGUUAUUUGCAGCAUGAACAAGGCUUUAGUUGAAAACACUAACAAUUCUGUCUCCUACUUUCCCUUCGCCGUCUCUUUUUGUCCCCUCAGAACGGUCUGUCCCCCAUCCAUAUGGCAGCUCAGGGGGAUCACAUGGACUGCGUCAGGCAGCUACUGCAGUACAACGCUGAGAUUGAUGACAUCACGCUGGACCAUUUGACCCCUCUUCAUGUAGCAGCUCACUGUGGUCACCAUAGGAUGGCCAAAGUCCUCUUAGACAAGGGGGCCAAAGCUAACGCCCGGGCUCUGGUAGGUUUUCAGUUGUUUUCGUUCCAAAGACAUAAUAAUAAUAAUAAUAUAUUGCAUUUGUAUAGCGCCUUUCAAGAUACCCAAAGUGCAUGAAGGUUACAGACUAAUCAAGGCUGCUGUGUCUGUUUUGAGCAGCAUCUUCAUCAGUUAACUAUUAAGCCCGUCUUUAAAGUUCAUUUAUACCAUCAUUUCACCUUCUGCAGUAUCUCUGAUCGUCUUUAUUCGUGUUUCUCAGGGCGGGCUCAUGAAGUUUUGAACUCUUUCCUGUGUUUCAGAAUGGCUUCACACCUCUACAUAUUGCUUGCAAGAAGAACCACAUGCGGUCCAUGGACCUGCUGCUUAAGCAUUCUGCUUCCCUAGAAGCUGUCACAGAGGUGAGGUCCUGAGACCACCAGAGACCAACAGAGACCAAGACUGAAAAUAGCCAAAUAGCCCUUGACUGUUGUGUGGCGUUUAUGCAUCAUUUCAUGUGAAGUUUUCUUUGUUUGUUUUUCAUCUUAAGGUCUCAGAAAUCCCCGGUGUUGUAUCUCUGACUGGGUUUUAAAUUAUGCUGUUAACACGACUAACGGUGUUGCUAAAAAGUCAUAGUAGAAAAUCUGAAGUAUUUUUAUGUCUCAUUAUCAAGAGUGACUGAUCUUCUCUGCCUGCCUCUGUGUUGCAGUCUGGUCUCACUCCUCUUCAUGUAGCAGCUUUCAUGGGCCACCUGAAUAUAGUAAAGAACUUGCUCCAGAGAGGAGCUUCACCUAAUGCUUCCAAUGUGGUGAGAUCCCCUUUUCUACACCCAUCCGUUACUUAUCCUUUUUCCUUAACUGCUUUCUAAUGUUGCGGUUUUAGUGAACUGAUAUUUUCUUUGUCAAAAUUCAGAUGUAUCAAACUAACACCAUGCAGAAUCCAUAAAUUAAUGACAUGAGAGGAUUAAGUUUGUGACCGAGCAUUAAAUAAGUAGCUUUAGAUGGAUUAAGUCUCUUUACUGCCUGAACAGAAAGCCAAUAAUGUAAGGUUAUUCCUAAAUACCUAUAAAGUAAAUAUAAAUUAAAUUGUUGUUCUUAAAAGCCUUUACAUGAACAAAGUAGGUUUAUUGAUAAUGUUUUAAACAUAAACUGUAUAUAGAAGGACGCCGUCUCCCUCCUCGCUGGGUGAAGCCACCACGAGAACAGCACCCUCUGGUGACGGGUUGCAGUAUAGGUCAUAAAUCCCGCCUCUUCCAGCAAUCCCUACAGAAGUGUGGACAAACUUUAAAAAGUAUUUACACAGAAUAUAAAUUUUUCUCCCCCCUGGUUGUGAUUUUGACAUGUAGUUACUGUAAGACUGGUUUGUGCUCAAGUCUUCUAUUUUCUGUGCAGCUCCAUUUGUUAAAAGUUAUUAGGGGGUUCAUGUUUUCUAUGAUUGACACUUGAUACAGCCUAUGGACGUAAGAGGAUUGCGUAGCUGUUUGAGCCGAGCGUCAUCACAGCGACUCUUGACUCUUGAAUACGUACAACGAUACUGCGCAAGUGGUGGUUCCAGAAAAAAACAGAAAACCCUGGAAAUACCAGAGAGCAAUUCAGCUUCAAAUUUGUUUACUGACGGAAGGCGGAAACAAGUUGUCCAUAGUAUAUACAGUCUAUGGUUUUAACUAAUUCAUCUGUAAACCUGUUUAAAUGUCCUCAAGAGGACCUCAUUAAGCUUCAUCAGGGCUUUGUUUCCAUAAAGACUGUACGGGGGUAUGUUCUGAGACAGGCAGUAAACAGAAUGAAUUCAGGAACACACAAAGAAAUACACUUCGGUGAUUUGUUCCACUGCUCUUCUGUAUUUAUCUAAAUCAGAAAGUGGAGACUCCUCUCCACAUGGCCUCCAGAGCUGGACACUGUGAAGUUGCUCAGUUUCUGCUGCAGAAUGCGGCACAAGUGGAUGCCAGGGCUAAGGUAAGAGCUGUGUGUUUAUAAGUUAGAGGGUUUUUUUAAUCUGAUUGUGCAAUUAAAUCAAUCAGUUAAAGUAAAACUAAUUGCCAUACAUCAGAACAGAUUUUUUUAUUUUCAUUUUUGCUUCAUUUCCACUCAUCAUUGGUAUCCGUUUCCUGUUCAGAACAUCUUUCAAACCUCUUUCUUCUUAUGUCCAGGAUGACCAAACACCCUUACACUGUGCAGCCCGCAUGGGCCACAAGGAGCUUGUAAAACUUCUCCUUGAGCACAAGGCCAACCCAGACUCAGCUACGACUGCAGGCCACACACCUCUUCACAUCUCCGCACGCGAAGGACACGUCCACACUAUUCGCAUCUUAUUGGAUGCGGGAGCACAGCAGAUUAAGAUGACAAAGGUAGAGUGGAAGCGAUGACAGGGUUGUGUUUUGCUUUGGGCCCCACUUUCUGUCCUUUCAAUCACAUCUGUAUUCAGCUCCAUUGUUUAUUUUCUCAAGUAAGUGAGAGCAUUUCUGCUAUUUUGUGGUUGUUGUUGUUUUUUUGAGCAGAAAGGCUUCACUCCUCUCCAUGUGGCCUCUAAAUAUGGGAAGGUGGAUGUCGCAGAGCUCCUUCUGGAGAGAGGAGCUAACCCUAAUGCAGCUGGGAAGGUGAGUCACUCUGUGCCCGCUGUAGUUCAGCUCCCUGAAGUACACUUCAAUGAAAAUGAUAAAGCACUCCUCACAAAGCGGGUCAGAAUUUGGUCAUUUAGAGAAAUAUUAAGGAUGUGGGCUGACUGGUAGAUUACUGUGGUACGUGUUUCAUAUAUAUAUGUGUUUCUGUGUGUUUUUGUCUGUCUGUAUCUGGUUGUCCAUGGGUGUAUAUAUGUGUACAUGUGUAUGUUUGUGUGUUUAACAGAACGGUCUGACACCCCUUCAUGUGGCCGUCCAUCACAACAACCUGGAUGUUGUUAAACUCCUGGUCAGCAAGGGAGGAUCGGCACACAGCACUGCCCGAGUAAGAAGCUUGCAUAUGUGUGUGCUCAAACUGGCACAAGCAGGCGAUCAAAACGCAUGACAACUGAUCGUUGACACACAUAUCUGAAAAUCAGGUCGAAUGAGUGUGUGAUAAAUAGCCAUACAGCCAGUUCAAUGAUAAUACUUGCAGUCUGAAGCAGCAUUUCAGUUUUAAUCUUGAAAUUUGGAUUAUAGCAUGUGUGUUUGUAUGCUCUUGUUUCCCGCUGCAGAACGGCUACACUCCCCUGCAUAUAGCAGCAAAGCAGAACCAGAUGGAGGUGGCCAGUUGUCUGCUCCAGAACGGGGCAACACCGAACGCAGAAUCCCUUCAAGGCAUCACGCCCCUACACCUGGCUUCACAGGAGGGGCGGCCUGACAUGGUGGCUCUGCUCAUUUCUAAACAGGCCAAUGUGAAUCUGGGAAACAAGGUAUCAUACCGGAAUAGUUCAUGACUGAGUAAAAUCAGGAUGUAGCUUAAAAAAUAUUUGAAGUGCUGUGAGAUUGAAAAAUAAAAAUGGCGCCCCCUUUCCUGCCUGUUCCUUUUAGAACGGCUUGACCCCUCUGCAUCUCGUAGCUCAGGAAGGGCACGUUGGAAUAUCUGACACAUUGGUCAAACAAGGAGCUUCAGUUUACGCUGCCUCAAGAGUAAGUUACACCCUCACCGCUGCUGCAUGCUGUCACAGAGUUUCAUCCUCCUGUAUGUGAAGAUUCAUGUUGUCUACAAGGAGGCAAUAAAAAAGCUUCUGAUCAAUAGUCAAUUGUUUCUUGUUCAUUAUCACAGAUGGGCUACACACCCCUUCAUGUGGCCUGUCACUAUGGCAACAUCAAGAUGGUGAAGUUCCUUCUGCAGCAGCAGGCUCAUGUGAAUAGCAAGACAAGGGUAAGGGCCUUCAAUCCAAAUGGACUAAUGUACAGCACAUGACUAUAUUUGAUUGUGAUUUUGACGCUGUAUAAAAACUCAAUAUUUUUACGUAGCAAAUCAGCUUUGGUACCACUUCUACAGCUUUAAGUUUCAAUGUAACAGAUGUAAAUACUGCUAUCUCUUGUUUUGUCUGAUCAUCUUCUCUCCUUUGUUUCAAGAUGGGCUACACCCCUCUGCACCAGGCAGCUCAGCAGGGCCAUACUGAUAUUGUCACCCUGCUGUUGAAACAUGGAGCCCAGCCCAAUGAGAUAACUUCGGUGAGACACCUUGAGAAACACUUUAAUCCUUUCCUCAACAUUGGGCAUUCCCUCUCUACUCGUGCUGUUUUUUUCCCAGCUGUUUUCAUGAAUACGGAUUAUUACUGUCUGUGGUUCAUGUGAACUAUAGGCAGGUCUUUGAUAUUUGAGUUUGCCCUCGUCUUCAUUCAUGUCAGGACCCAGAUGAUACUAAAUUGUUGUUUGAAUGUUAAAAUAUAUACCCUGUUGAUCCAAGAGAUAAAUUUGCACAUGUGUUUCAGUCAACAAAUGACUAGUUCUGCUAAAAAAACAACUCACUGUUACAAAAAAUAAUUCUUGUAUUCACUAUGCUCAACUCUUAAAGGGAUAUUCUGGCAUAAAAUUAAGUUAGGGUCAAACACAAGGUAACACAGAGAUAGACACCCCCUUGGGAGAUGAGUUUACUGCUUGCUUGUUUGUAGGGGGAGCCCUGACGAGUCGAUCACCGAGUGCAGCAGUGUUUUGCAGCUCAAGGAAGAACAUUUAUGAUCAUUACUUCAUGGAAAUACAAUCAGACUAAGAUGCUAAGGCAGAAUAACUACCACGUCUGCAGUGCAAAAUGAUUAAUAUGAUGAUUACAACUUAAAGGAAAUAAUGAAGUAAUGAUUAUAAAUGUUCUUCCUUGAGCUGCAUACCCCCAACAUUGGGUAUUCUGGGGUGUUUGACCACAACUUAAAUUUACACCGAAAUAUCCCUUUAAAUCUUACAUGUUAUUGAAUAAGUUCCCUGAUAUGUUGUUUGUGUAUUUUUGCAGUUACUCUUUUUUAUAAACAACAGAUCAGUUUUUAAAAAGUGUUAUUAGUGCACACCAUACCUGCAGUCAUUUGCUUUUUGAUUUCUAAGCUCUCGUAUUUACGUUGGGCCUGUUUUCUGGCAUAAAUUAAAAGGUUGAGCUUUUCUGACAUUUUUUUGGGCAAAUAAGAAAUGUUACAGGGAUGUACUUUUUUAUAGAAAUUCCUCUAUAAAAAGUAUCAAAAGCUUUUUUUGUUUUCUCAAAAAUAUGGAAACAUUUUGCGUGAUGUUUCUCAUCUUUCUCUGAAUAGAAUGGGACAUCUCCUCUUGGUAUUGCUAAGCGGCUGGGUUAUAUCUCUGUCAUUGACGUGCUGAAACUGGUUACCGAGGAGUCCGUCUCCGCGGUGAGCAACACAUCAUGCAUGGUUCACAUGGUUACACCAUUACGCAAAAGAAGUAGCCUUGACAUGCCAUGAAACUAAUGUUUGAUCAAACAAUGGUUUUGAUCCGAUUCUGCUCCCUCACCUGCUUUUAUAAUUAUCCAACAUUUCCCAUUAUUAUCCUUUUUUUCCUUCCUUUUCCUCUCCUCCUCUUUCUUGUUCUCUGCCUUCUCCCUCAACACAACCUCCUUUUGCUCUUCACAGAUCACCACAGAGAAGCACCGGAUGAGUUUUCCUGAGACUGUAGAUGAGAUUUUGGAUGUCUCAGAGGAUGAAGGUAGGUUAUUCCAUCAUUAAACUUGCCAACUGAACAGCAUUAAUGAUUCAUUUUCACCUCUGGGUUGUUAUUCAGAUGAAGAAGACUGAAAGGGAGGUAUUCUGACACAUCCCUGAGUAACCUUAUUAGCACUAUGUGUGUUUUAAACGUUGAUACAUGACUGUCUAUAACACCUUCUUCCAUUUGCCUUGUAGGGGUUGCCCAGCUAACGUUAGGUAGGAGUGUGUCUGUAUCUCUGCUCUUGUCCAGUCCGAUGGCUGUAGUGAACUUGUGCCUUCAUUGCAAACACACUUCUCAUUUUUUUUCUGUCUUUAACUGUCUUUUAAUCAGUUACUCUUGACUCUUCUCUCGACACCAGCCCUGUUUUCUCUUCGUUCAUCUUAUCUUCAGUCUUUGUUGCUCAGAGAUUUCCUUUAAACAAAUAUGUCUGUUCCUCAUCAGCAUGAACUCCGAACAUUUUCUUUUUAACCAGCACUCAGUGCACAUAUCUGUUGGUGGACUCAUUGCUGACAGAACUCCAGUGUUUUUGGCAUUUACACGACAAAUCCAGCAGUUUGAAAACUGAGUGCUCCUACGUUUUACAGUCUAAUUUAUCAGUAUGCUUAUUACUCACACGCUGCGUCCCAGCUGUGACUCUUCUGCUAAGAACACACACAGUAGUCAUCUUUCUAUUGUAAGGCAUUCAGUAUUAAAUCAAAUCAGUGUAAUGUUGUCUACAUAUUUCCAUGCAAGCUUCAUCUUUUGAUCUAAUUUCUUCUUCUUCUACCUAUUUAAUCGUAUCGCUCGUUUCUUCUUUAACAUCCUUUGAUUUUCCCGUACAGCUUGUACUUAUGAAUGUUUAAUUGUGUCUAAUCAACUCUGUUUUUUGUCGAGUGGCUUAUUGUUUACUGUUGUUGUCCUGAUUAUUAUUUCAAUACCAUUCCUCCUUAAUAAUUGAGGUAUUUUCUCCUACACAGAAACAACCAUCACCACAUGUGAUUUCAUCUUUAAUGGGCAUGCUCACUAAAAAAGCUGUCACCAGGUGCCUUGCAGUUUGCCGUCCAUGCAGUGUCCUAAACUGUCUUAUUGCUCACUGUCUUACCGAUCCUCUUCUUUGGUUUCCAUCGGCUCUGAUUGUUGUCGGUUUGUCUCCAUUGCUAAAACUUGAAUAUUUCAGAUUGCUUUGUGGCCAUUUUUUUCUGUGGUUUGGUGGAGGUGAAGGGAUGGGGAGGACGGCUGUGUAACAUGUGCUGUUUUAGGAGAUAAUCAAAUUGAGCGGUAUGAUUUUGUCUUGAGUGCAGAUAUUAAAAUACUUUGAAAGAUACUGCAAAAGAACAUGGAAAAAAAUCUGAUUGCCUUCUGCAACUUUAAUUCAAUUGGCGUUUAUUUGACAUAGUCUGAGAAAUCGACAUGUAAUGACAGAGUCGGAGAGUGAGAGUUGAGAUCAGCAUCAUUCUGCCCUGUUUUCCCUGGUCUCGUCUUUUUCUCUCUUAAUCAUUUUUGUGCAACCUGUCUUUUGCCAGUUUUUGUCGCAUCUUCCCCGUCCCUAUUACCAUUUCUUAUAAAUGCGUUUCGCCCUCAGGAGACGAGUUGCUCGGGAUGGAUGGUGCGCGCUAUUUGAAGCUUGACGACUUUAAGGACCAGGAUGAUGACUUCCUCUCCCCAAAGAAAACCCUCCGAGACUUCGAGGGAGGCAUGGGUACCACGUGAGUCUCUACAUGCUCUUAAAAUUUGUGCCAUCUGAUGAACGAGGAGCUGCAGGUGACAGAAGAUGGAGAGUUUCCUGCUGUUUUUGACACAUAUUCAUGAACACUUUACAUAAUAGAUGAUGCAAGGUGGAAUUAAGUGGAUCAUUGAACGGUUUGCAUAAAUCAGCCGUUGUGUCUUGUCUUACAUGAUUCUGUCUUCCUCUCCCACAGGCCAUAUUCUCCUGCGAUUCCCAGGAUCCCAUGUGUGUCCCCAGAGACUGUGCUCUUGGAUCAGGUAAGCUUAACUCGCUCUGUUUGGAGAGUGCUCAACAUUUUAGAAACAUGAGUUUCUUUAUCUAUCUGAAGUUAAUUUGUGGAUGUAGCAGCGUUGAAAACCAAGUUUAUUUUUAGCUCUCUUUUGCUGAGUCUUCUCCCUAUCUCUUCUGUUAGAUUGUCUCCUUUCUUCUCUUCUUCAGCUGUUUCUGCCUUUUUCCUUUCUCUCUCUCUCGCUCCUUUCAUUGUCUUGUAUUUUGAUAUCACUCUCCCCUCUCUAUCUCUUCCCUGUCAUUUUCUGCUGCUUUUGUCUGCCUUAAUCUUUUCAGUCAUGGUUAUUUUACCGCCUCUCAAUUUUUCAUUGCCUCUCUCUCCUUCUCUGACCUCAGCACACCCCAGUCCCGCUGCCAAAGGAGUAUGAUGAAGACUCCCUGAUCCCAAGCAGUCCAGCGACGGAGACUUCAGAUAAUGUCAGCCCGGUUGCCAGCCCUAUUCACACUGGGUCAGCUCAAAAACAUGUUGUUGCAUGUGAAUGUUCAUUUUCUUUAAAAUUAUUUUAUGCAGUUAUGAUAUCAUCAACACUGCUUGAUAUGGUGCGUCACAUUUACCUCGGAAGUCGGAGCUGGGAAUGACGUCACAACCGAGUUGUCAGCAUUUUAGUUACAAAGUCUGAGAAAUUAGCCAACGGAAAGUGGAAACAAGAUGGCUACAUCUACAAAAGUUAUUCUCACGCUUGCCUUGUCCGAAUAUAAACAACUUCCGUCAAAUAUGCCGUCCUUCUGCAACCUGCAAACACACAAAGGCGCAGAAGGUAGCCUAUUUUUUGUCAUUAGAGGAGCUUCUACUUACUGUUUUCAACCGGCAACAGCAUUUUUAUAUGUCAACUCAGGGGUUGACUUUCAGAGUUCCACUGAAGCUCGGAAAUCCAGACUUCUAAGUACAACUGGAAUGUACAGUGGCCGAGAACCGCCACUGCUGCAAAUAAAGAAGAAUGCAAAAAAAAAAAGAAACCACAACGGAAGUUCCUAAUGCAAAAAAUAGAAACCGAAGCCUGCUGCAUUAAAAAAAGAAACGGUGUAGAUUAAAAAAAAAAAAAAAAGGCACAACAGAAGUUAAGGACGCACAGAAAAGUGGAGAUGCAAAAAAAAAAAAAUUAAACAAUAACCUUUCUACUUACUUCUUUGCUCAUCUUCUCGCUGUCAUCAUUUGUUUUUUUUGUUUUUUUUUGCAUGGCCACUUUUGUUUGUGCCGUUACCUUCUGUUGUGGCUUUUUUUUUUGUUUAUCUGCACCGUUUCUUUUUUUAUUUGCAGCAGGCUUUAGUUUCUUUUUCAUUGGUAACUUACGUUGUGGCUUCUUUUUUUGCAUUCUUUUUUAUUUGCAGCAGUGGCGAAUCUCGGCCACCAUAGAAAUGCACCAUUAAACCAAUCCUAAUAAAUAGAGCUCCGGGUUUUUUUUAAACCUGCUGUAAAAUAUAAUAAAAUAAAAGUUCCAUUACAGUUGUUUUAUAUAUAUAUAAAAAAAAAAAACUGAGAGGUUUGUGUGACUAACACCUUCAAGGGAAAGUCACAGAUUUUACAAUACACUACUAUCCGACUUAAUUUAACACAACACAGGUAAAUGAAAAAAGGCUGUUUUCUCUUGAAUUCAACCAAAGUUGAACAAAUUCAUGAUUUUACUGUAACACUUUCAGUCUGCUUAGUCAUAAUAUAUGCAGAGCACAAUGAGUCAGCAUUGUAACAGCAGAAUAUAAAGUGCAGUUGUUGGGGGAAAGGAUGGACCUAUGAGAGGAGAAGGAUUACACUGCAGGACACGUACACAAACACACGUACACAAACACACACACCUGUAUGAAGCUGUCUGUCUCGCGCCCGAUCAAACAAAAUCAGGCUUCUUUGGUUUUUUCACGUCUUUCUUCUCUCACUCAGCAGACACUCCAGAUGGCCUGUCCUCCCCGGCCAUAUUGAGAUAAUCAAAUGAAAAGAGCACUCACAUUGUGAUGUGGUGUCCACUUUAUGAAUCACUCUGCUCGGAGCGCAAACACACUGAGACCAGAUCAAUUCAAAACAGUGCUGAAUAAACCACAGAUGUCUGUCUCCCUCCUUCAUUCACAAGAAACUCUCUUCAGACUGCCAAGAGCUUGGCUGUAAAUUUUUAUGAUCCAGUAGAUUUCAGUAAAAUAAAAUGACGGGUUCAUCUGAACGAUAGUAUUAAUUUAUUGUCUCGCUGUUUGACUUUCAGCUUCCUGGUGAGUUUCAUGGUGGAUGCUCGAGGAGGCUCCAUGCGAGGCAGCAGACACCACGGCCUACGAGUUAUCAUUCCUCCUCGAACCUGCACUGCCCCAACACGCAUCACCUGCCGUCUGGUCAAACCUCAGAAACUGACCACGCCUCCUCCGCUGGUGGAGGGGGAAGGGCUUGCGAGCCGUAUCAUCUCUCUCGGGCCCUCCAGUAUGCAGUUCCUCGGGUAAGUCAAGCUUUGACUUUUCUUUUAUUUUCCCUUUUUGGGUGUUAAAAGUGUAAUGUAGUGCUUUGUGUAAAUGUAUACUGUAUCUAUGUAGUGUGCCUCCUUCACAAAUUAUAUUUUAGUGUUUGUGGAUUAUAGGGGGAUCAGUUUUCUAAUUUCUAAUUCUUUUAGUUUUCUAAUUCUUUUAAAAUAAGUCUUAAAAUAGGUGUCAUGUCUGCUGUUAUUUAAAAUAUAAUUUAAAAGGACAUGCAUGGAACCACAGUUUUUAACUGUCCUGUGUUAGUUCAAAAUACAUCACAAGUGAAGAGCUAUUACACCAUCUAGUGGACAUGAAGAGACGUGCAUAUCAAAGUUUUGUACUCAAAAUUAAGAGUUUGUCCCAGCCAUAAUAUCAGUACAGAACUUAAAUUUGUUGCUUGUUUGGCUAUAAAACCACGUUUUUAAAUUCACUAAGCUCAGUUGUAUUUAUUUUUAGUGUUGUAAACUGGUGCAUCUUGCCUUUCUUUUGUGCAUACUUGGAUUCAGAACCAGUUUUAACAGAGAGGUUUCUUUCUUUCUUUCUUUCAAAGGCCUGUCAUCGUGGAAAUCCCUCACUUUGCCUCACUGGGUCGAGGGGACAGAGAGCUUGUGGUCCUCCGCAGUGAAAACGGCUCAGUCUGGAAAGAACAUCGCAAUCGCUAUGGUGACGAAGUGCUGGAAACCAUUCUUAAUGGCAUGGAUGAAGGUCAGUGUGAUGGUAAUGAAUGAGUGUUUCUGAAACCUUGCAUGGUUGCAGAUGAGUCAGUCCUAAUCUUGAUGGAUGACCCUGGAGUUACAAGACAAGGACACAGGGAGGGGAUCCUUUUUUUUUAGAGAAAUGCUGUCAAAGCAAGGUCAUGGAAUUACAGUUUCUCUUUCCUGAACAUGUCUAAUCCAAAAGAGGAGUUUAUGAUUCUCACUUUAUUGUCCUCGCUUUAUCUCCUUUUACUAACUCUGCCCUCCUCUUGUUCUCUUUCCUCCCUGUGUGCAGACUUGGAGAGUCAAGACGAGCUGGAAAAGAAGAGAAUCCGCCGGAUCAUCUCCACUGACUUCCCGCUCUACUUCGCAGUGGUGUCUCGCAUUCAGCAGGAAAGUGAUCUGAUUGGUCCAGAGGGUGGCAGGCUGACCAGCAAACUCGUGCCCCAUGUCGAGGCCAUCUUCCCAGAGACGGCUGUUACCAAGAGAGUGAGACUGGGACUGCAGGUAAGAGGAGGACCAGAGAUCUGAGGAGGGUGCAGAAAUGUGCAGGACUGAUGAAGAUGACGUUUAAGUCUGUUUUUAUCCUCCAGCUUGCCCAACCAAACAGUCAGUAACAGCUAACGUUUUUUUUUUUUUUUUUGGUUGUUUCAAUGUAAACUUAAAUUCUGACUGACUGCCAAGAUAAAAAAAUAGAAAAACACUCAAAACUGAGCAAAAUAUAAUCAGCAGAGUCAAACAUGGGAUUACAGUGUCUGUAGUAUCAUAGCAAAAUGGAUUUUCAGAGUUCACCGUUAGUCUGCACUCAGUCCUCGUUGCAGGUAAACAUCCACAUGCCUUUAGUUAUGUCAUGUCUUUAGUUAUACCAAUGUUAGUAAUGACCUCACGAUAGCAAUACACAGCGGUCUCAGGAGCCACACGGUUAACCAAAAAGCCACUCUAUAGCCACAACCAAUGCUCAGAACAGCACUUAACUUCAUUAACGGUAAAUAUAGGGUCCCAGCCCUACUCUCUUCCAGCAGCCGCUUGUUUGUACUGACACAUUGGGCGAGUCCAUCAACUGCAGCGGGGUGACGCAGCUCAAGGAAGAACAUUUAUGAUCAUUACUUUAUUAUUUCCUUGAAGUAAUAAUCAUCUUAUUAAUCAUUUUGCACUGCAGACGCGGUAGUUCUGAAAUGUUCUUCCUUGAACUGCGACACCCCGCUGCAGUCGAUCAACUCACCCGAUGUCUCUGUAAAAUCAAGCGGCUGCUGGAAGAGAGUAGGUGAGUUGUGUUUAGUCUCUUUGCCAAAGAAAUCGGGCAAAGCUAAAAAGAUGUUUGAUGGCUAGUACUAUGGCUGGGACCCUAUAUGUCCUGUUGAUGAAGUUAGGUGCUGUUCUGAGCAUUAUUUGUGGCUAUAGAGUGGCUUUUUGUUUAAGCGCAUGGCUCCUGAGACCGCUCUGUGCUGUUAUUGUUUGGUCUUUACUAAAGUUGGUAUAACUAGAGAAGCAAGCGGUCGGCAACAUUCAUCUCUCGACAGGGUGUCUAACUCGGUGUUACUGUGUAUUAGACCCUCGCUUGAUUUUAUGCCAGAAUAUCCCUUUAAUGUGAGAUCAGCAGAACUCGUCAAAAUGUCAAAGAGAUGUCGUUUAUUUUCAGAGGUUUUCUGAUGCCUUUAAAAAGCAUGUGUUUUUUUUUUAUUUUUAUGGUUUAUCACCAUAAACACUCAAACACUAAGGAUUAGGUGUGUGAAUAUCUCAGCCUGUCAAACCAUACUGUACCAUUUCUACAUUAGCCUUUCAACACGUGGUUCUACCCUGCCAAACAGGAGCUUUUGGCAAACAUGUGGCUGACUGUCACUCAUCCAGACCUCCACAGACACACAUAUGGAAGCUUGGCAAACAUUUGUGCUGACUGUCUCCUUUCACACCACACCAGCGCUCGGCUUUGUUUGUCAUGACAGAAUAAUUACGCACGGUUCUGUAUUUCACUUUUUCAUCACUGGAAUGUACAUUGCUGACAUUGUCUGUCGGAGCACUGAUUUGUCACAGCGUUGAUGCUAUUUAAGGAAACCGCAUGAGUUUUUUGCUUUACCUUAUGCUGCUCUGCUUGUGUUUUCCUUUUAUCCAGCCAUUCAUCACUCCUCAGUUCCCUGAUUUAAGUUGUGAACCACACUGACCGAGCUGAUGCACUGAUCUGAGUUGGGUCAGGUGUGGCAUAUGAAUUGGUUGCAUGUGUGAGUAUGGCUGAGAGUUUGAUGUUUCACUCUUUUUGCACACGUGUGUUUUUCUGUGUGCUCUCCUCGUUUCUGUUUCCUGCCUAAUCAGUAUCUUCCCCAUUGACCUUCACUGACUUCAGCUUUUAUGAUUUCUCUGUGCUUGACUUUAUUUUCACAAAUGUAUCCACCCAGCCCCUUUCUAACUUCAUAUCUCUGAAAAUGUCCAGUCCGACAUCCUCCUAUUUAUGACCUUUUCUUCCAACACGACGACAACAGGCGCAGCCCAUUCCUGAUGAGCUGCUGACUCGACAGCUUGGUAACCAGGCGACCUUCAGCCCAGUGGUUACCAUCGAACCCCGCCGACGCAAAUUCCACCGUCCAAUCGGCUUGCGUAUCCCUUUGCCACCCUCCUGGAGAGAGAGUCCUCGAGAUGCUGGAGAGGGCGAUACCACCAGCUUGCGCCUGCUCUGCAGUGUCAUCGGUAGAAUCCAUUUUUUACAGUUCAUCAAAAAGACAAGUUUUCUACAGAGUGAUGACUUUAUGUGUUGGUGUACAUUUUUAUACGAUGCUAUAAAUGACUGACACUGUGUGGUCGUUGUGUCUCAGGUGGCACAGCACCAGCUCAGUGGGAAGACAUCACUGGGACCACAAAGCUGAUGUACGCCCACAACUGUGCGAACUUCACCACCAAUGUUUCUGCCAGGUGAGUAUUUCAUCUAGAUGUACUUUCAGUUAUCUCUUCUUCUUUUUUUCGUGCACAUUCACCAGUCUUCUUAACCUUUUCUUCCUCAUAAUCCAGAUUCUGGCUGGCAGACUGCCCACGCACGGCGGAGGCAGUGACCUUUGCCAACCUGCUGUACCGGGAGCUGAUGGCCGUGCCGUACAUGGCCAAGUUUGUUAUAUUUGCCAAGAUGAACGAAGCUCGUGAGGGACGCUUACGUUGUUACUGCAUGACGGAUGACAAGAUGGACAAAACUCUGGAGCUGCAUGAAAACUUCACAGAAGUCGCCCGCAGUCGAGACAUUGAGGUCAGCAUCCAGGAACAGAAAAUGUUAACCAGGUCUUGGAGCAGUAAAAGGAAUCUCAGAGACCUUGUACCUAGAAAGAACAGGAAAUUUUACAUAAUCAGUUCAUUCCUGUUUCUGAUUUCUAAGCUAUGUAGAUAAUAAUCAACUUUAAAACUAUCAACUCUUAUAAACGUAGUUUUGGCUACAUAUCAGCAUCUGCAUUUUGAGAUCCAGAGCUCUUUAUGAGAGAAAAUGUAACACAAGCUAAUAAUACCCACUGAGCAAUAGACGGCUAUUAGACAUCUAGUUUUUUUUUAGACCUAAUUUCAACCGUCUAGAUUUUGUAUAUCUGUAGACAGAAUUUAGACGUUGCACUUUAACCCGCUAUUCGAUAAGUAUUUAUUUCAGAAAGCAACUGUGAGUUGAAUAACUGAUCUCCAAGUACUAAACCAAAAUAAUUAUGAUAGAUGAGCAAUAUACAGUUAGACCUCUGUUAGCUGGCUAGUCUAAACCCGGUCUAAAUUUAGACGUCUGAAAACUUUCAUUUUUAGACCUGUGGUAGCCUGAUUUUAGACCAGUCAUCUAGACUACAUUUAGACGUCUAUUAGACCUCUUUUAGGCCAAAAAAUGCUCAGUGGGAAGCUAAUAGGUAGUGACGGAGACAGAGUACGUGGAGAGAUUUCUACAGUAUCAGUUCACAGUUUGUGUCUGAUAAUGACAAUUAUCACUUUGGCUGUUUCUCAAAUAUCAAAUCCAACUCACUGUCAACAUUUUGUGACUCUCCUCAGCUGAUGGAGGGCAUGCCGCUGCACCUUGAGUGUUCUGGGAACCUCGUGCCCAUCAGGAAGGCCACUCAGCAGCCUCGCAGCUUCAGCUUCCAGGCCUUCAGAGAUAACAGGCUGCCUGUGUCUGUCAAGGUCUGUCUCCAUGAGACCGUCCAUAUGCCUGCCUCUCUAUCACAUGCUACGUAUUCAUACUGUACUGUGGUGUUUGUUCAGUUGGUGGUUUCAGUGUGUCAAGGAUCCUCUCUGCAGCCAGUUUCCCUCCUGGGCACUCACCUGCUGUUCAUAUGGUGGUUUUUGUGUGUUUGCUUUCCUCCUUCCUAUCUGUCAGGCAGUGUCCCAGUUUGUCCCCCAGAUAACAGUCCAGUACUGUGUUUUCUCAGCAUUCAUUCAGGAUCACAGCAACACUGACUCGGAGUAUUCUACACCUGCAAAUAAAUAAAUAUAGAAUUUAGACAAAAGUGUAAUUUUACAUGAGCACCUCAUCAGAUCCCAAGUUAGAAAUAACAAGAUGAUAUAUUUGUAAGAAGUUUUAUCAUUGAGGGUUUUUAUUGACAAUCACAUCUUAACACAUUCCUUAAUCUGUGUGUCAGUCAAUCCAUUUUUGUUUUAGUCAAAUUGUCCUCAUCCCUUCCUAAAACACAAACUAGUUAAACAUCGUCCACAUUUGUCAGACACUCUUUAAAGUUUUUAAACUAUUUUUAAUUGAUGUGUUAUAAAAAAAAUUCCCUCAAGAGAAAAUAGGUAAUAGGACGUUGAUUUAAAGAAAGUCCUUUGGGUAAAGAUGUAUUUGUAACCAUAUUGUUAAAUCAGUCUUUCUUUUGUCCUGCUGCACUUUUAUGACAUUGUUUAAACCCGUUUCUCUCUCGCUCAGAUAACCCAAACUUUUUUCCAACCUUGUGCAUUUCUGUGUCUAUCCUGUUGUCAUAUUCAUGUGUUUUUAUUUGUGUCGUCAUCCCUUUGUUUAUCGUAUCAAGUCAUCCAUCUAUAUAUCUGUUGUCUACCCCUUUUGUGUGUCUGUGACACACUCCACUCCUCAUUAUCAGCGAGAUGAAAAUCUGAUCAAUAUCUUUUCAUAAUGAUAGCUAAGCAACAAACAACUUACCUCUCUAGCUGUCAGCUCUCUUGGGUAAUUGUUUGCAUGCUCUGUGACUCCCUCACUUUCUUUGCCUGCCUUCCUAUCUUGCGGCCUUGCCUGUCUGUAUGUGUCUGUCUCACUGUCUCUCUUUCUCUCUCUCACGGUCACUCUGUAUCUGUCUGGUCUGACAGACGUCCAGGUAAAUGUGCAGGUAAAUCUCUCCCUCUCGCCUGCCUGUGGACUGCUUCCAUCCCUGUAUCCCCUGCUUCUCGUCCCAUGUUAGUGCGGCACAUGCUCAAGACACUGUGGAGGAAACUAAUACCUGUUUUGAUCUAUUUUUCCUCCUCCUCUUUCUCAAUCUUACUCUUUUCAUUCUUUGCUUUUCUUUCUCUUUCUUGUUUUUUUUACUGUCUUCACUUUCCCUUUUUAUUUUUGCUUUCCUCUACCUUCCUCUACUCCUCCUCCAUAUUUCCUGUCCAUUAUUUUUUUUCCUUCUUUCUAUCUUCUCUUUCUUUCUUUCUCUACCUCUCUCUUACCGCCAUCUUUCUGUUAGGUGAGAGAUAGUAACAAGGACGCCAUUGGCUUUUUAUCCUUUCUGAGGAAGUGCACCAAGUACGAGGAUACACAACAUGUCCUGUGCAACCUUAACAUAACCAUGCCGCCAUGCAUCAAGGUGAGAACUGGUUUGUGAAGCCAUCUCCAAAAUCACUGAAACGAGGACUUUUGAGCUUGACUUUACUCCAAACUGCAUGUUCAUUAUUAGAUCUUACCGCAGUGUUGAUAAUUACUAUUGAUUAUUAGGGCUAUUAACCGAUCAGCAUAUUUAAACAUGAUUUAAUCGCAUGAUUGUCUUUUGUUGAAUUGCCUUUAAUCACGAAUAAUCACACAUUUGUUGUCUGUUCUGAAUGUUCCUUCAAGAGUUUUAUAAAAAAUUUUGACACUCGUUGACAAAUCUGCUCGCCCUAUUCAAAGGUAUGCUAAUCAUUAUUGCAGUUAUCAAAAACAGCAUGAAGUACUGCCUGGAAAUCCCCCACAAUAAUCAUGUUUGUUCGUUCCAACGUCUCCUCUGCUUCAGCUUUCUCGUGGUCACAUAAAUUGAGCGUCAUGGCUUUUAAUUUUUAUGUGCAAGCUAUUUCAAGCAGACCGUCGUCUACACUGUUAGUAAGCCUGCAAGCUGAAGCCACCCAUUUAGUUUUCACUAUCACAGCUGUAACAAAGCUGUUCAAAAGAACUUUAAACCACCUUAAGAAAUACCAGACACUAAAUUUAAUGAAUGUUUGUUUCUGCCAGGUAAAUGAUAGAGUGCUUCAUUAUUAUUAUUAUCAUUAUUUUUAAAUGAAAAUGGACGUUUUAAAUCAUUGCAUAGCACGCUGUUAAUGCUCACAAAAAUAUACUCAAAAAAAGGAAGAACGCGAUAUUGUUUUAACUUUUAAAAUCAUUUUACUAAAUUGGGUUGGUUAAUAAAAGAAACUUAACAUAAUAAAAUUCUACAAUAAAAUCUGACAUGUAGCUCCAUUUGGAUUUACUGUAUUUUUGGACUUAAAGACUGCUUCAAAGGUAGGGAAAUGCCAUACUUUUUCUUGAAUAACAUGACCCUUAAAACAAGAUAAAUGCUCGUAACCAUGUAAACUGUAUUUACAUCUAAAGUCCACUUAAGAUCCUUAUUAUCCUUGAGGCUCACAGGUCACUGACUGAGUUUGACAAAUGAAUGUCACCUCUGAGAUUAGGUCAAGUCUACUGUAUGCAGUGAUUUUGAUUGUUUGUUUAUUGUUUAUUCUCUUUUUUUUUUUUAGGUGGUUGGAAGUGAGGAGCGCAGGCGGACUCUAACCCCCCUUGCCCUGAGGGAACGCUACAGCGCGCUGAAUGAGCCUGGUGUGGGUGAGUCCUCCGCUGCCUGACUUCCGGCCCUCUCCUUAUUUAUACACAGUGGAGACGGGCACUGAAUGUUGCACUGCCCCGUUACCCACAACCCUUUGCUUCCCACCCUUUUUAUUUCCCCCCUAUCUGUAACGCGUGCACGCAUGGCACAGAGACUGAGCCUUGGAUGCAAUGCACUGCUCCUCAGUGUGCCCCAGAGUUCUCUGUAGUGCAGUUAGAGGAAACUAUAUUAAAGAUCAGCUGUAGUCCCAAACAGGACCCAAAAUGGCUCCAAAACUCAAGGCAAAUGAGUUCCUGAGGUGUCCUGGUCGCUAUGACAGCAGAUGAAUGACUUCCAUGAUUGGUUUGCAUGGCGCUGGUAUCUCCACUGCGAUUUCCAUUAGCAUGGCAGCAGUUAUGGUUAGCAUUUGCCCUGUUGCUUAACACUGGGAAUGGGCAGGACCUCGCAGUGGAGCUAGACAGAGGAGUCCUCAUAUUGAUUGGCCUGUAGUAAACGAACAGAGUCAAGAUGGCCCUCCUGCUUUAUUGAAAGUUUGCUGAUUAUGAGGGUUCGAAGGGAAAAGGCCUUUUCUGUCUAUCAAAUACACAGCGCUGCUACAUUGCACAGUCCCGUACUAGUGGUUGGUUACUGAAUGCAACUUGGAUUGGUGGGACUAGCACCUGAAUGAAACCCAAAUUUAUCCUCCCCUGCCCAGAUGGUGUGCUUCCCCUGAAGGAAUUUAAGACAAAUACUGUGUUUUGGGUAUUGAAUAUCUCUUUCAACAGAACGAUACUUUUGAUAAGGUAAGUAUUGCUGUUAGCAAUUUUAAUAGUUACUCAAGUCAACAUCAGAGUCUUUAAAAGCACAGGAAUCAUCAAAACCAAAAUAGUGAAUGCAGAUAUCUAUUUAUAUCUAAACGGUCAGGUUUUAAGUAUUUAGAUUUGUUACGUAUUUGGAAAGUCCCAUCUUGAUGUUUCAUGGCCCCUGAGUCCAAACAUUGACCCCGAAACACAAGCUGAAUACUUACAGUUUUAUAUUUCCUGACAAAUACCAUAACUGUCAAUGGGACUGUCCAAAUACAUUCUUACUUUCAAACAUUGUUGUAACUAAAGCAGAGUUUCAGUUCCCUUAAUUCAGUAAAUGUGAAUUUGUAUGUUGCUGACACUUGAAUUUUCUGUCCUUCCAGCCACCGUGAAUGCGAUGGAGAGGACUGAGAUAAAGAUCAACAUCAUAUCCGAACAGCUGGGUUUGAGUUGGGCAGGUUAGUACUUCAAACAGCAGAGGAGCCUCCGUUUGUUCUCCUUCCAACGUUAGCUCAGAUGUCCCUCCCCCCUUCACAAAGCCCCACUGGACAGCAGAUGUGUCGACUGCAUCAGAAAGAGGGACAUCCUACAGUCUUAUUCAGGCAAUCACCCAGACCUGUUCCUCUGAUAGGAUUGCUAACAGGACCGGACGCUAAACUGUCAAUAGAUUGGUUUGAAUAAUCAGAAAACAGAAAUCUCAUUUUCCCAGCUGUGGUCGAUAAGCUGACUAGGAUCAUUUGAGUUCUUUCAUGUCAGGUAUCCUGCUAGUUAAGCGAUAGUCCAAGGUCUAGGGUGCUGAAACUUCAACAUCCUGGUUUGAGGUUGGCUCUGAAUGAGUCCUUUAUCUUCAUACCAAGAUAAACUACAGGAGCAAAUUUUUGCUCUACAAGCCUCCACCAAGCCUCCAUCACGCCUGCUCCACAGUUGGUUGGGAAGGGUCACGUUUUCUGUUUUAUUCCCACCAAACUUCGGACAUCGAAGAGACGUGCAGAUCAAGUCAGUAUUGGGUCGGUCCGUCAAAGACCACAUGUCAGUGCGACAUGCAAAAUAGAUUAGAAAUUUCAACGUCCAAAUUGGACCUUUCUUAGAUGUCGCUCUGAUGUUUAGAAUUUGGACGUCAUCUGAAGACCGAAUCUAGAUGUCAGCACAAUGUGCAAAAUGGAUCCAAGAUUUAGACGUCAUUAUUAGACGUUGAAAUAACAUCCACAUUUGUACCUCAUCGUGGAAAGAAUACAUUAAAUAGAUAUCAUUUUGACGUCACAUUGCGCAGUGGGUUCCAUCGAUUGUCUUGAUUGCUCAUCCCCGUCCAAUCUCUCUGACAAACAAAUUUUUGCCCCGUUUCCAAAACCUCCGUUAUCAUGAAAAAAGCCAAAUGAGAAGAAGAAAGAGGAAGGGUUUGGCUUCCAUGUAGGAAGAGGAUGUUUCGAAGCAGUCAUCAGGACUGACAGCCAGCAGGCAUUAUGGUUAUUUGCUUCUGUAGGACAACAAAGCGAGAAAUAUCCUUCGCGAGAUACCUCCCUCAUGUAAUCAGGGUACGAGGAUGACCUGUCUGAAGCUGUAAGUUUCACAAGCUAUUGCUGAAUUUAUCGACCUGACUUGUCCUUUUGUUAGAGCUGGCACGGGAGCUGCAGUUCGGUGUGGAUGACAUCAACAGAAUCCGUGUGGAGAAUCCAAACUCACUCCUGGACCAAAGCUCCGCCCUGCUCAGCCUGUGGGCGAGCAGAGAAGGCAAAAGAGCAAAGAGUGAGUCCCACAUUAUUAAAUAUUAAUAAAAAAAUCAGACUUUAUUUAUAAAGCACUUUUCAUACCUGUGUACUCAGUAACAGUAACAGAACCUGCAAAUAAAUUGUAAAAGAUUCUGGAAGUCAGUGUAGUGACUGUAAACAUUUUUAAAACCAAAGUAUUAAUUUGCUUCCUUCUCUGUAAUCACAUUUCUCUCUGUUUCUUUUUCUAAAUGAUCCCCUCUCAGUGGAGAGUCUCUACACUGCUCUGAAAAACAUCGACCGAGCAGACAUCGUCAUCUCUCUGGAGGGUCAGCCUCCACAGCCCGCCCCAGGUUCUUCUGAAGAGGGUGCCUGUCGACUCAGUGACCGGGACUCCACCCUGCUGUCCCCCAGUGUCAUCAAUGGUAAGACUCACAAACACAUCACACAUCACAUACGACAUGCAAUAGUGAAAUAAGUCUUUGUAUUCAUGAUAAGUAAAGUAUCCUAUGAAAUUAUACAAAGAAAUAGUGUUCAUAAUAGUCUGACAGCAUUAGACAAUCUGCAACGGCCGGAAUGAUCUUCACACUGGAAAUGCAGACAUGUAGAAAUGUCACACUUUACAGACAUAUGCAACAGUCUUAAAGACACACAAUGCAAUGCAAAUGAAAAAAAAAAUGCUUCCAAAAGCCAAAACAGCUGCAUGAACAACAAAAACACUGCAGAUACACAAAUGAUAGAAAGCAAGAGCAUGUGAAGCAGAAAACAGCCGCAAAUCAAGAUAAAAGCUGCAGAGAAGUCAGACCUUUUAAAACUAGAACUCCAGGCUUGUGGGGGUCCUGAGUGACACAGCUUUAUUACUGACAAGAUGGAGAAGAAGAUGACACAUUGAAUAUAUCAGUGAUUUCAUACACAUUGAGUAACAUGAAAACCAAAGCAGCCAGGGGAGUCUGAGCUGGAUUCUGUCAGCUGUAACAGUGAAGACAGGGGUUCAGAAUUUCACUGACAAAAUGCUCUUUACUCUGAGCCUCAUACUGGGCAGACUGGGCCUGGUACUGUGAAGCCAUCUGGGGUCUGUGGCUAGAAGGAGCUGCACUCAGCAGCUCAGUGGGACUUUAGCAAGGCUUGACUCCAAGCAUCCUGAAGCUGUUGCAUAACAACCACUCAGUUCUCCCAUCCCCACUGUGUCCUCUUUAUUCUAUGGCUGCCAAAAAUUCUACUAACCGAGAUCCAAAUCUGACCAAUGCUACACUUAUUAGCGGUUAAUUUAGCUUGGCUUUCUAUCCAAUAUACACUUUCGCUCACUAUGGUUGAGCAGUUUUACGUUUAUACAUACAGUUGUGUUUUGUCACCUGAGACAUGGUCAUCAGACAUACCGAGCUCUGAUGAUGUUUAUCGGGUAUUAUUAAGUCUGACUUAUCUGCUGCUUUUGUCUUUAUUUGUAGCUGCUGUCUGUCAUGAUGUGUUUUUGCUUCAUACCAUGUAUGUAUUGGCAAUGCCUAUGCUGUUCAUGCAGUUGUUUUGGCAGUUUGCAACACGCUUCCUUCAUUCGCAGUGAUACGUUUUAAACAGUUGCAUGCAUUUUUGAAAAUAUAUCGUCUCUGCAUUUGCAGUGAUUGUUCCAACCGUUUCAGAUCAUUUGCCCUGAUUAUCCUCCAAUUAAAAAAAAAACCAAAACAAUACAACAGUUUAUUAUUAGGAUUAAUUGUAAAGUUGAUUGCUGUCUUAAUUUUCUAUAAUGGUCACAAAUGGAAAGUCCACAGCGGAAGGGGAAUCGUGACAAAGAAUGAUGACAAAGUUCAUUUUAAGUUAUGCAUGGUUAAAAUUACAAUUAUGUGUUAAGUGUUAACAUAACAAAAACAAAUGCUUUAUAGUGAAUUAGUAAAAGUAGUCGUAGUAAAAGAACCUGCUUGAUUCAGGGAUUUUUCUCCUGGAUUUUUACUCACAAAUGUUUUCGGUAAACAAAUGUAAGCUAGUUCGGUUUAGUCAAAAUGUCCACAGAGACACAAUCCUUCAGAACGAGAAUGAGGAGAUCUGCUUUCCACCUCUGAAAACCUCCCUGCUUGACUUGAGUGUGGGUAACAGCCAUUGUACCUUGUCUCUGUUGCUCCACAAGAGGUCACGGACACAAGGCCAUCGCGCCUAGUGCACAAGCCACGAGUUAUUAGACCCCCAUUUUUCAGACGGGGUAAGUUGAAGCUGAACCUGGGCUGCAUGGUGGUUUGCUGCUCAUGAUGAUGAUGAUGAUGAUGAUGAUGAUGAUGAUGAUGAUGAAUCUCAAAUGAUGUUUUUGAGGUCUGAGGAAUGGUGUCAUUCUCCCACCAUAAACCCGACCUUUGCAGCAUGCACUAACACCGCCUCUGUGCAUUCCUCACUGGGGCAUAAGUCAUGUUUUCUUAUUCACACCUCAUACUUGAGCCCUAAACAUGAUGGUUCCUACCCUUCUCACUAAAUAUGAGAAACGAGGACACACUCGGAGUCAAUUCAGAGUAAACUAGCGCGCUUCAAGGCCAAACAGGGUAACUUUGGGGAAAUUGAAUAUCAGAGAUUUUUCACACUUCAGGCGUGUUUGAGAGUGUGUGCACACAUACUUUUGUGUGUGUGCGCAUACAAUUUGUGUGUUGUUUGUGUGUCUGGGAUGGAUACACCACUCAAAAGUGACACAAGCACACAAAUGAUAGUGUGCUCUGGGCCUUCAUACCUUAUGUCUAUCCCUCCCUCUUUCUUUCUUUCUUUCUUUCUUUCUUUCUUUCUUUCUUUCUUUCUUUCUUUCUUUCUUUCUUUCUUUCUUUCUUUCUUUCUUUCUUUCUUUCUUUCUUUCUUUCUUUCCCUGAGAAUAAGACAUAAUUUUACUCCUGACUUUUCAUCUGACAGCAGACUUUGACUCUGCGAUGCUUCACUGAUCUUUAAGAUUUGUCUUUUACUCAGGACAAUCUCUCUCUUUCUCUCUCUCUCUCUUUCUUUCUCUCAGUCUCUGACCUGAAACAUGUCAUAUCUGCUGCCCAGCCGCCCUUGCUUCUCCUCCUCCUUGCUCCCUCUCCUGCUCUUCUUCUUCCUCACAGCUCUUCCUGUCCGACCUCUGACCUCAUAUGACCUCAUGUUGACCUCUGGGCCUCCUCUUCUCUUGUCAUCUUAUUUUCCGUGCUCCUCCUUCGUUCAGUCGAGCGGGGGGACCCUCUCCUCCUGCUCCUCCUCCUCCUCCUCCUCCUCUCUCAAUCCAGCUCUGUGUGUGUACUAAAGUUUGUGCAUGUGCACGCUGCAUGCUUUUCCGUUCAAGUAUCUGUUUGUGUGUGUGUGUGUAUGCUUGCGUGUUUCAGAUCUUGGCUCUGAACUUUUUAACGUUGACGUGAGUCAAAGAAGGAAACGACUAAGUUAGUUUAGCUUGCAAGAAAUUUGUGUAUGGGUUUAAUUUCAUUUAUUAGUUCGUUUGUUUUGGUGGAAAUGCUUGCAAGAUAAAUUCAGAUUACUUAAAUUUUUAAAAAGAUCGUAAAAUUCAUUUUUUAUCUAGACCUAGUUGAGACGCAUUUGACUGUAAAUUCACUGGGACUUGUGCGUGAGGGAUUUCUGAUAAUGUUUGCCGUUUGUUGUUUUUUAUUGUGACAUUUUUAUGUGCAUGGCAUGCUUUCAAUGUAAGAAGUUUUCCUCACAGUGUAAAAUGUUUUCUCUGUUCAAUGGGUGUAUUUCAGUCUUCUUUUCGAUGCUAUAUUAACAAACAGGUUAUUUUUUCUUUUACUGUGAAAUAAAUGGUGUGUUUUUUUGAUGCUACGCUGUAAAACAUGGUCAUAUAGAAACAUAACGUUCUCGGUAUAAUGCUGCUGUGAGGAGGUGUCAUUCAUUCAUGGGCAAAAUUGUAUUGAAAUUGAAUAUUACAAUAAAACAUGUUUAAAUUUAUGCAGGGAAAAUAAAAGUUUUGAGUUUAAAGUUGCUAAAGAUGAACAUGUUUGCGCUUAAAUUACACGGUAAAGUCGACCCGGCUUUAUAAGAUCGGCGUCUUGCCCUGAACUUAUGACACACUCACAGUUAACAUUGUCUGAACGUUAUGUGUCAGAAGGUAUUAUACUGAGGUGUGUGUGUCUGUGGCUUGGGUGUGGUGAUAUUUUGUGUAAACUUGAGCUAAAAGUGUUUGUCCUCAUCUGUGUUUGAAUAUGAGUGCAGUACUCUGUGUGUGUGUGUGUGUGUGUGUGUACACAGUGGUAAAGUGAGUGGAGUAUUUUCAUUGUUUUUUGUCGUCUCUGUGGAUCUUCUUUGUGCUUCACUACAUCCUGUGCCUUUGACACCUUUAUAUGUGUGUGUUUGUGUAUGUGUGUGUGUUUACGUGUGUGUGUGUUUUUGUUUAAAAAGCAGGAGUGAAGGAAAAGGCUAACCCAGAUUCAACUAAUUCAUUCUAACUCUCAUUCUGAUCCCGAUUCAUUCCUCCCUGUUCACCUCAUUCUGACGCCACCUCUCAUUCUCCUGGCCCUGUACCAUCCCAGAAACAGACACGCACAAACACACGCUCACUCACUCACUCACAUACACACACACGCUCACUCACUCACUCACAAACACACACUCACUCACUCACAAGCACGGUUAGAGACAGUGAGUUUUACAGUAAAGAGGUAUUUCACCCAUUAAUGUUUUUUUGAUAAUUUGGAGUCACCUUUGACCUCAUUAGGUGUUACCCACAAUUUUGUAAGACAUCAGUCUGACCGUUUGAUUUCUGCUAGAACUAAUGACUUAUAAUAACUGUGUCUAUAUACAGUGCUGAGCAUAAAUGAGUACACCGCUGCAGAGUUGUUAGAAAACCUUGCGUUUCCUUUCAAAAUCAACAUUUUCUAUGUUUUUAAAGUGCAAACAAAAUAGUAUUUUUUUUUCUAUUUAAAAUCAGGAUGCAAAAAUGAGUACACCCCACUCAAAGUUCUGAGAGCAAAGCUAACUUUUAGUUACCAUAUCCCCCUGAUUUUCAUUUUAUGGUAAAGAAAAUGUUAUGUUAAACUCAGCUUUGUCAAAACUUUGAAAAUUGUACUUUUGCUCAUAUAGAUAUUGAGUAAUACAUUAUUUUUAUAAGGGGUGUGCUGAUUUAUACUGGACACUGUAAAUUGGUUAAUUUGACUUAAAAGCCUCUGAGAAAAGACAUUUAUUUUCAUGAUAUAUAUGUAUGAUAGUCUUUGUUGCAGUUUUUUAACAAAUCCCCGUUUUCACAAAACUUCACAUCGUGGUAAAAUUUCCUCAUGUAGGUCAUGAGUUGCUUUUACAGAACUGCAUUAACACAGUUCGAGUGCACAAAGUUAUUUGAAGACCUAGAGUGGUUGGCAUAUCUUACUGUUCUGUUGAUCAUGGCCAGUAUUUCGUUAGCCGUGCUGCUCACCUUCCAUAGUUGAGAAUUUUAGACAAGGAUAACAAGAUAUCAGUCUAUGGAAGUCAUAAUUUCUUGAUGAGCGUUCUUUGUGAUUGUCGAGGUUUAAAGAAAUUUCUACGAAACUACAAAAAUAUGUGUGGCUUUUCUUUGUCUGAGCCUGGUCAGGAUCAGCAAGUAUUCAGGAUCAGCGUUUACCUUUGCACCCCUAUCUUCAAUAAUUUAAGCAUUGGGUAUGAUUAAUUUUCAUACCUAGAAAGUUCAUCUGAAAUACAUGUUUUCACGAGUCAAAGCUCCAUCACAGCAAAACUACUGUGAAGCAUCUACGCAACUUCCAGAUGUUUGCAGUUUUAACAUUGUCAUCUUUGCAAUUGUCAGUUUCGACCCUCUCAAACAAUAUUUCAUAUAAAUUCCAACAUUUGUGGGUGAAAUACUCCUGUUCCGUUUCACCUUUUAUCAUUCAUCUGAAUUCAUUAAUCUGACAAUUUAUCAAAAAUAUUUUAUGCAACUCCAGACGUGAGCGAAUAGGUUCAUCUUGACACAUAAUUUUGUCAAUGUGUACAAUUGUCCUGUUAUGUGUUGAUUUAUAUUUCUGGACAUUUGGUCAUUUUUUUAUGUAAAACUUCGAUGUAAUAUUUGUCAUGGAUAGCAAAGACAGAAAGGGAAACUACUAAAAGAGAAAAAAGUAAAAUCUUCAAAAAACGAUAAUAAGAUGGAAGUCAGCAGAUAAAUUAGCUUGAUCAUGAUUAUGUAUGAACAGAAUAAGGAUGUAUGCAGUUUAGAGCUUUGUGUACGAGCACUCCGCUCUGGUCUUUGUACUCAAAAUUAUGAAUGAAAGUCACUUUAAAGAUCUCAGAUUUAUCCUGUUUGCAUGUUUUGUAGAAUUUUUUUUUGUACUUCUGUAUAUUUGCAGUGAGAGAUGUUUAGUUUUUUAAACUAAAAUAGACCUGACAGUGAAAGUCAAGGGCUUAAGACUAUUGAAAAAGUUAUUUCUUCAUGUAUUGGUUAUUAUAUCUAAGUGUCUGGAUUCAUAGAUUGAAGUAAAACUUUUAAAAUGAAAGCACUGAUUUCUUUUUUCAUUCACAGCUGUAUGAGUAGAGUAGUCAAGCCUCUUAUGACUUAAAUGAGUGACUUUUCAAAGACUAUCUUUUCAAUUAAGAACUAAAUGAAAGCAGAGUUGUAGUUACUUCCAAUACAGGCAUUUUCAACUUUCCAAAGUUUUGAUAAACAGAGUCUGACUGUCUGAUGUCUAGUGCGUGUGGUUGAGAAUGUUGUGGAGAGUCUGAUCUAUGAACUCUAUUUCUAUGCUUGGGGUGCAGAAAUAUGAAUGCAUGACUAAUGUGUAACCACAGGAGAAUGCAAGAGCAACAGUAACUUGCAUUUUCCUCUUAGAAUCUGCAAGAUGCUGCUGACUCCACACAGGAACCUGCAACAACAAGGGUUGGAACGAUAACAGAGCAGCUUCAUGAAAACGAUGUAGAGAGAUAACGUAGUCUGAUACGUCGUCUUCACUUUGACAGAGAGCAGCACCUGGCCUCUGCUGGAAUUGGUUUACACAGACGGUGAUCCAAACAAAUUUGAAGAAAAGACAUUUAUUUGUGAUGGUCAGAGUUUAAAAGUCCGACCACUCAUUUCAUGGGCUCUUGGUAAAUCCAACAGCCCUGGUUUCCUAAGGAUCCUAAAAUCCUACUGAACUACACUUCCUUUAAAAGUUACAAAUACAAUAUUUUGUCGUGCCAACCCCGCCAUCUGUUCUGUUUAUGAUAGACUCACCUUGUUUUCUGCCUUUAAAGGAACACAGUGUCUGUUCUGCAGAUUCCCUUACUUACAUGGCGACGAACUACAUAGAGCCCUGCACAGUUCACCUCACAGACAGUGAAUGAUACACCAAACCCCUCUAACCCACACCUCACGCUUACUGCUGUGUCCCAAUGACGGAAACAUACUGAGAUUUGGUUAAAAGACACAAACAGAAGAUAAUUUAUCCAAUUAUUCAAAGACCCAUGAUCAAAAUCAGCAUUACGAGAUACCACCCAAGGAUGUAUUUGUGUCAGAUCGCUGAGUCCACAUAGCAUCCUUCUUGUCACAUUGGCUGAAUCGAAAGCUUUCUGGUCUCCAAAGACGGACUCUGCUGUCCUCCCUGGUGUAUUGGGACAGGGCUGUGCCUCACUGUUUCCUCACAGGUUGGAGAAACAGUCAAACUACCACCCCCCACUCUUUCCUUGGCUGUGCCUGCGUGGUGUUAGUCUUUCUUCUGUCUCCCCCCUGUCUUCCCUUCAGGUUAUGGGCUGGUGCAGGAGGAGCUGCUGUCCCCAGCCUCUAUGCAGUACAGCUUGCCAUCUCCGCUGGGCGUGGAGCCUUACUGGCAGGAGGUCUCGAGCCUCGAGUGCGCUCCGAUCGCCACCACCGAGGAAGACACACUUGUGGAGAUGUCGGACAUUCAAGUGUGGCCAGCAGGGGUCAGCCCCUCGCUGGCCGUGGAAGACUCGUCACUAGAGGGCAGCAGUCGGGCCGACGACUCAGAGGGCGCCACCCUCUCUUUGCCCUGCAGCUUGGGUCGCCCAAGCAGCGGAGCCAGCGGGGCUAGUGGCUCCAUCAUGGAGCUGGAGGAGGAAGAGGAGGAGGAGGAGGAGGAAGGGGAGGUUGAGGAGGAGGAGGCGCCACAAGAGCCGACAACAGAACUGGCAGAAAGGGACAGGGUGAGAGCCAGUGGUGCCGUCCCAAAAGUCAACUUAAACGGCCAGCUGGGAGGUCAGAGGUCGGACAGAAGGAGAGGGGAGGCCCUCGUCGCAGGAGGAGGGGCUAUAGGGGGAGGUGAAAGUCUAGGGCUGGGUUCAGUGGAGGGAAUUUCUGUUGUUGCAGGCCAGCAGGUGUAUGCCCAACGGUGUGAGAUAUCGGGACUGAGUCGCGCCUCGGAGCACAACGGGGAUAACCGGUAAGUCGGCUGUAAUCCUCUGAAACGAAUCGACCUUUUCUUGUCGCAAAUAAACAAAACUUUGUAUUGAUCCACUUUCUGUUUUCUUGUUUCUCUGUUUUUGCUCUCUCUCUCUUGCUCUCUGUGCUUUAUCCACAUUUCGGUCCUCAGUAUGGUGGGCGGUGGAGCAUUUCAGCCGUACUUGCCUGACAAGGACUCUCUGCAGGGCUGGGUGGGCUCAGUGUCAACAGGACGCGACGGCAGCAUGCCAGGCUUGCGAGUGGCCCAGGAGGCUCUGCUGACUCCGGUGUGUGACACGGGUUACUCUUAUGUGCUGCGUGGGCGUUUCCUGCAGGGCACACAGCCCUUUGACAAGGGGCUGGGCUUCUCUCACCAGGAGAUGGGCCAACGUGCCUGGGAAAAGGAGCAGAGGCGGGGCCAGGUCAGGUUGCCGCGACAACCACCGCCGCUUCCUGCGCCUGGAGGGGGAACAUCUUUGUCCAUCUCUUUAUCGUUUCUGAAUGUUUGCCUUCAUCAGCAGUUGUAGCCCCACUCGAUAACUCUGCAAUCAUCAAAAUGGAUGAUUUUGAUGAAGUCACUAACCUGACCUGAUCAAUGUGUUGUGAGGCGCAACACAUGAGGACAAUCUGCCAUGCCCAGUAGUUUUUGGUUUUGUUUUACAUUUAAAAUGCUAACAGAUCUAUUAUGCAAAUCUAGCUGUGUUUCCACGGCAGGAACUUCUCCCGAGGAUCAGGAAUGUUUCAAGGAACUGUUCACCAGAGCGGAUAAGCUAGUGUUAGAAAAAGGACAUCCUCACAGAAUAAGUUCUUGAUCAGCUGUAAGGACUUUAAGACUUAUCGGAGCUUUGUGAUGAUGGGGAAUCUGUCAUGAUCCAGUCUAAAAGGAAAAUUCAAAGGCUAAUUUGCAAGAUUUUAAGACAGUGUGCCUGAUUUCUUUAAUGUCGUUCGGUUAAAGAAAGCCUGUCUUUGAAUUUUGUGGCGAUUGAAGAGCAUAUCUUUAUUAAUAUAGACCUCAAAUAGUGUUGGAUACCAUGAUGAUGCCAUCUACAGCAGCUUUUUGUCUGAGAUAAGCUCUCUCUCUUUGGUGUUGAAAGGUGCAGUGUGUAGUAAUGGGAAUAUUAAGCAGUAUCUAGAGGUCAAAUUCUAGAUAGAAAUACUCUGUGACUCACCUGAUGAUGAUGAUGAUAAUGAUAAUGAGACAGGGGGAUGCAUGAUGAGUAAGAUCUUCCCUUUGUUUUUUUUCCAAAACAAAAUAUUUUGCACACAACCAUUCACUUCCUCUCCAUCGUGCAUUUUUUGCAUCCUUUUUACAUAAAAGGAGGAGGCGGGUUUGUAACAAGUUUGUCUGUGCUGCAGUAGAAAAAUGGAGAUUCGGGAUAACAACCGUCACGGCAGGGAUCUGUUUUCAUGUAGACAUAAAAGGCUAAACCUGAGUAAACAAAAAAAAAUCAUAUUUAAGUGAUUGUAUAUGAAUCUAAACAUAUUUAAAAAUGUUAUAGUCCAAUUUUCAACAACUUAUCGGCUUAAUCCUCCUCAAUCUACACACUGCACCUCCAAGGCUACGCACAUCUCACUUUUUAAUAAUACACUAAUUGAUAAUGUAUUAUUGAGAUGAAGCACAAAUAAGGUGAAUAUAAUCAGAGAGUACACUAACUUAAAUGUUUAGAAAUGGAAUUAUACUAAUUAUGGAUAUAUAUAAAUGUUUGCAACCACAAACUAAGUAACCAAAAGUUGGUGUCACUUUUUAAGAUUUGGAUGUGUUUGCUGAAAAUUCCCAAGUCUAUAAACUGCAGUGAAAAGUCCGACAACAUCAGGCUGGUGGAAAGUUGAAGUUCCUUGAAAGUAGUUCCUGAAAAUUGAAGUUUCUGCUGUUUUGGGUGGAAACGCAUCAGGUCUAACAUCUUAUUCUGUGAUGUUAUUUUUCCAGAGAGAGGAGAAAGACGACUACGCUGCUGAGGCACAGUUUGCCUCUGAACAGGGCAAGGUGCUCGCUCGAAAGGUAAAUCAGUGUUUGUGUCGUUUACAUGGAGUCAUUUUCACGAAAAAAAAAAGUAAAAUGGAGCACAGUCACAUUUUACUGUGAAUCAGUCUCAAAGCCUGGCACAAAGGGUGGGAAAUUAACGGCAGCCACCAGCCAAAUGUGGGUCGAAAGUAUUGUGUCUACUUUGAAAUAUCAAAAUGUGAAAAACUGAGAGAGAAAAUUCAAAACAACAAAAUCGAAGGCCUACCGUCCUGAAAGAUGUGUACGAAAAGUCGGCCAUUACCACCUUUCAUUGUCAUUGUCUCCAUUAAUAAAGUGCUUUUCAGUAUCUAUACAGUAUAUCCAUAUGAUGUUGGUAGUGAAGUGUUUCAGAAAUGAUCCCUGUCAAACUGAUUGGCUGAUGAGUUCGUACUUGUGAUGAAGUCAGAAAGCCACACUGGCUGGCCGGUGGAGAGACGAGUUAGUUUCCUGCUCUGGUUUCAUGAAGAGGCUUCAGGAGUUAACUGGUCUGAGUGUUGUUUCCUUCCCUCCUCCCUCCCUCCUUGCUCCAGGUGGGGGUGGAUGUGAGAAAGGGUGCUCAGUCAGUGCAGCGCACCAGUCUGCGGAGAGUUAAACACUGAAAUACACAUACUACCCCAGUCCUCCAGGUACGGGACACUCAGCAAGCACUUGUGCAUCCCAGUGCUUGGAAAGAAGCCCGUAUGGCGACACAUUUAACUCUGUCAGAGCUCAGUAGUCUGUCACACUCUGUUCUGUUUCAUGUAUGUUCAAAAUGAGAACCUCAGAUCUGACAUUCACUACUCUGACAAUGAAGAACUAAGUCAGGUUUCCAAGUGUUUAUAGUUUCUCUCCCUCUGUUUUCUAGGACCGGAAAGCCACUGCCAAACCGUCCUCCAAAAAAACACAACCGGACCGAAGAGGAAAAUGA